CUGUCAAAGCGGCCGCGGGGCAUUGUGGGAGCGGCUGAGGCGGUAAAAUGGCGGAUCUGGCAAACGAAGGUAAGUGUCGGGACACAGUGUGGAGUCGGUCCCCCCCCCCACCCAAAAAAUGGGGCCUUCGCCCGGUGUUCCCGCUUGCCGGCAUUGAUUGUGCUGGAUGUGUGGAGGAUGAUGUGUUAAAAUGUCUCACCACCGGCUUGGGCUCAGUGGUCCACCCCGGGGGACUGAGUGCCAGGCUGGGGGCGCGGUCCAGGACAGUCCCUGGCUUGGAAGAGGCCUACAAUCUUUCUAGGCCAAGUUCUCCCACAAGUUUGCCCUGGGUUUAUUCUCUCUAGCUGCCCUUAGCCGGUAUCAUGAUGCAGCAUCUAGUCUGCGCCUCCCCUCCUGUGCCAGGCCCCCGUAUUAAUGAUGAUUAAACCGGUCUGAUAUCCCACGGUCUGCCAGGCUGAGUAUCACUUACCUCCAGGUAACAGCAGAUUGUUUCAUCAGACGGUGAGGGAGGCACGAGUUCAGAUUCCAUCUCACACCACCUGUACAGGAUAUACAUUGUAUUGUCCCAACUAGAAGACAAAAUUCAAAGGUGGUCAUUUAAAAGCUUUUUGUUUCCAAAAGUCCACGUUUUACGAGCAUAUCAAAGCACGAUAUUAUUAAAACACUGCAGUAUACAUGUUCGUCCAAUUUGUCAUCAGAACUGAAUUGUUUUUAUCUGCGAGACAAGCAGCCUCUUAUAAAGUUUCGUUUUCUGGAGGAGUCAUUUAAAAAAAAAAAAAAAAAAUCUAAUCUCACCCCCCCGUGCAGGUUAACAUUUCUUCUUUGGGUUGUGUAUUAAGAACAAUAAAAACUUCAUUGUAUUCCCACUGCCAAUUGUAAAAAAGUACAUGGCCAUGUGCCUUUUGGUUUUAGAAUUUACAGGUACUCCUAGAUUGAUUGUUUGUUCCUGUAACAUUUUUGUAAUUUGUCAAUUUUAAUGUUAAAUUUACCCCUUUUUAUAAUAUAUUGAAAAGCUCUGCGGAAUAAGCUGACGUUAUAUAAAUGUCAAUAUUGGUGCUGGAGACUAGUUUUGGGCAAGUGGAUGAGGCAUUGUUGGAGUUUGAAGCUUUGUGUUUAGGGGGUGCAAGGAUUACGGUACUGCAUUUACUUGCGGUUCUCAAAGAUACAUAGAUAAUGCAUUAAAGAAACACUAGCACUGGAAAUACAAAAAUUUAAAAUCAGUGUUUCUGCACAAGUUGAGACACACUUGGUGCUGCUGCUUGACCACUCCGCCUCCCACAGUGUUGCCCGGCACGCUUGGCUUCUCGUCUAAUCCAGUGCUUCUCAUUGAGGAUUAAAGCGCAUGUGUGGUGAGUGCCAUGCUUGAUCAAAUACUUGUCCUGGGGAGACAUUAAAUACAAUUGUAACGGAUCGUUUUGCACACAAGGGGUAAAAACCGUUUAGGCUAUCCAUUCCUAGCAAUCAGUCUCUAUCAGCAUUCAGUAAAUCCCCUCCCCCCCCCCAAAGACAAGACAAGGCUCUGUGUUGAGGGUCAAGCAGUGGUCUGUUUAAUGAGGGCUACCUGCCCAGUAUUUAUGCAGGUCUCCCACCUGGUGGACACUCCCCUAGGGGACCAAAUGGGAGACUGUGACAAAGGACAGACAAGUAGACAAAUAGGACACACAGUAUAUUCCCACAAUGCAUCCUGGCUUCCGCCCCUCUGCCUUGGAGAUAAUUGAGAAGUAAUUCAAUUAUCUCCCAAGACAAAGGCAAAUCGCCAUUAUGUACGUGGGGAUACUAACACACAAAUUACUAUUAAAAUACACUAUGUGAGACACAUAGCAUUAAAAGCAUACAUUUAACAUAUCCCCAGAUAGCUCAGGUCUGAGCGCACAUUAUUAAGCGAAUGGCGCUCAGACCACACGCAUACAGUUUAAUCGCCAUGGAGCUAAAGUCUUUACACAGUCAGUUCUCAUGCGAAUGGGCUCCAUGGGAUUCCUAUCUGGGGUAUAACCCAUUCCAGUAAAACUACCGAACGCCGGGCCGUUCGUGCAUUUUCACCGACCAAAAAGGGAGGUCGGCGGCUUCAGCGGUGUUUGCGCAAAACUGUGUCCGAUUUUUGUUCUGUGCAUUCGCAUGUUUAAAAUGGCCGCGACCUUGUGUUCGUGAUGCAAAUGGCGGCCACCCAGCAUUCGUCAAUUAAGCUGCGGUUAACUGCAGCUUCAGGGAGGCUAAUUGCCGGCACCCUCCAGCUCCCAGGUGGUCCAGUCAUUCGUGCGGUUGUUCGGUAGAUUGAAUCUACUGAACACCAGGCAGAAAAGCACAAAUAAAGCUUUUCUGCAGGCGAAACAAAGUAUUUUAACAUGGGGGCCAUAUUCCAAAUGGCAGUGUUCUAGAUUGCAGGGCUAAAACGAUAGAGACACUGCACUCAGACUACUUAAUUGAGAUAAAGUGGUCUGUGUGCCUCUAGUGUUCCUUUAAAAAUGCAAAACAAAAAGUCCAAAUCUGUGGGGACAGACCUUAUGCCAUACAUAUCUGCACAACUGAGGAUUGUUUAUACUCAAAGUACAGCUAUAAUAAGAAAUUAUUUCAACUGAAAGCAAAACUUAUAGGAAGUUUUCAGAGCUGUAAUUUCUGAGAAAUAAUGUUUCUCCUAUAAAGAUUAUUUUUCCUUAGCAUUUCAACUGAAUAUUUAUAGGAGCACUAUAGGCACCCAGACCACUUCAGCUCAAUGAAGAGGUCUGGGUGCCAGGUCCCUCUAGUGUUAACCCUGCAGCUGUAAACAUAGCGGUUUCAGAGAAACCGCUAUGUUUACACUAGGGUUAACCCAGCCUCUAGUGGCUCUCACUGACAGCAGCUAGAGGCGUUUCCGCUGGACGUCCAUAGGAAAGCAUUGAGUAAUGCAUUCCUGUGGGCAGUUUGAAUGCACACGUGGCUCUUGCCGCGCAUGCGCAUUUGGAGCUGACAUCGGCAGGAGGAGGAGAGUUCCCGGUGCUGGAGAAAGGUAAGUAUAUUUUAAUCCCUUCAGCCCAGCGGGAGUGGGACCCUGAGGGUGGGGGACCUAAAGACCCUCUAGUGCCAGGAAAACUAGUUUGUUUUCCUGGCACUAUAGUAAGUCCUUUAAUCCGUUAGGCACCAAGAUGCCCUGCUGUGCAGUUUUUUACUGCACCAAUCAAAUUCUUCUACUAGAAUACCACUACUUUAGACUGUACUGGUUUUGGUGCUUAGUGUCCCUUUAAAUAAAAAUACAAAAUUAAGAAGAAAGUAUUCAUAGGUUUGUUUAUAAUUUAUAAACUAGUGCAGCAAAAUAUCAAAUGUACUUAUUCCUUUUAAAAGGUCCAUAAUUUGGGAAUUCAAUUAUUUCUGUAGAACAAAUUAUUGCAAGGACAGAAUUACAGUUCUAAAGCUAAACAGUUGAUCCGCUAAGACUAACUUUAAUAGCCAUCACAGAAUCCAAAAAGCAUAACGAUAAACUGUUCUUUACUUAUAUCUUCUCAUUUGUAAAAGACAAGUUGGGCUGUUUAAUAGGAUCACUUUCAGUCUUUUAUUUAGCCUUCUCCUUGCCAGUUUCUGCCAAAUGUAGUUGUAAGUUUUAUUUUUUACUCUUCCAAAUUAAACUUUAAACACAGAAUUUCACAGGUCAUAUGUGUACUAUUUCAAAUUCACUAGUACAGAAAUACCCAAUACGAAUUAUUUUGUCAGGUUUUUGGGGAAUUUAUAGGAUCAGAUUAAAGACAUGCCCCUUUGCUUUCCAGAGGCUUUAGUUGGUAAAGUGAAACUAAGCGCUGCAGUAUAUAUUGGCGCUUUAUAAAGGGCAUUUAUAAAUAAAUCUAGUAAUAAACCAUAGUAACCAGCAUGACAGUUUAAAUUUAUUUAUAGCAACUGUUUAGUAGAUUGGCCCGCAUGUUGAUUAGUUACCAUGAGUUCUAAUCACAUUGGCUUGACUGAUUACUAUGAUUGCCUCCCUGAGUGGUCAGACAGCCUGGGAGCCAAUUACUGACUUGCUGGUCUUCUCUCUGCUGAGACAGCGAGCAAUAGCCAAUUGACAGCUUAUUUGGCUAUAAGCGAACAUGAAAAAGGUCCCCUGCUGCAGCUCCACUAUGCCUUCUGAAGAUGAUCAUUAGUGAUGAUUUCCUGCCUAUCCAGUGUUCAUUAUAGAGAAGCAUUGAAAGGUAGGGCGGAUGUGGAACAAUCUCCUGGAAAAACAGCUGGAACGGCUUUUCAUGGAGAAUUAGUGAAGCUAAUGCUUCUCUAUGAGAAGCCCUGACUUUAACAUUUAACAAGCGCGGAAAAUCACUCUUUGCUGUGUGACAGCUAUGACUGCUCCAGGGUUAAAGGGACACUAUAGUCACCUGAACAACUUUAGCUUAAUUAAGCAUUUUUGGUGUAUAGAACAUGCCCCUGCCCCUGAACGAAUGCCAAGAUAUCUUUACCACUAGAUGCUUCUUGCUAUGCGUUUGGGGAAUUCUAAGAUAUCAUUCCUUUCUUCCUUUACAUUAAAAGUUUUUUGAAGGAGAUUUAUAUAUUAGGGACUUCUAGUCAUUUUAUCUAGUUCAUCAUUUAGUAGAUAGGUGCCCUCGAAGGCACGAUUGCAAGUACCUAGGUUAAAUACGUAGUUUAGUUUCAUGUUUAUUUACACAUGGGUUGUUUGCUCACUACUGGGUCUUCUAUUCAUCUAUUGUCUGAUGCAUUUAGUUAUUUUUGUAACAUUAUUAUCCAAGACUUUUAGUUCUUGGAAUUUUUAUUUAUGCUACUCAAUGUCCAUGUUGCAGAUACUAUUGCAACUGUUUAUUUGAUAGGCGUUCUACCUUGACUCCUAAACAAUUAGACAUUAAAGGAUCACUAUAACUAAUGGUACCCAAUACAUGGCAUUUGAAAUAGAAAACUGACUUUUUAUGCAUUUAAAAAAAAAAAAAAAAGUAUGUAGACUGUGCAAGGUGUACUUUCAAAUUUUGCAAGACUAGGAUGCUAAUGACUUCCAUAUGUUUCUUUCCACACUGAGCCUUUUUCCCCCCUCUUAAAUGGACACUCUAAGCAUCAUAUAGAUUGUGUGCAGUCUCAUGCAAAUUAGGAGUUAUAUCACUUUUCUUAUGCAGUCCUUGUCAAACUUCCUCUGGCUGUGACUGAAUUGGUGCUUGGAAUACCCCUUUAAAAUCCACUUUAGCUCAAUGAAGUUGUUUUGGUUUGUAGAUCAGGCCCCUGCAGUCUCACUGCUCAAUUCUCUGCCAUUUAGGAGUUAAAUCCCUCUUGUUUCUGUUUAUGCAGCCCUAGCCACACCUUCUCUGGCUGUGACUCCCAUGACAAACAUGGAAGUGGAAAUCAUUUUCAAUCUGAUAUUCUAGCACAGUGUGUUUUUCUUUUAGUUUAAAAUUAGGUCUGCCAGCCAUUUUCAAAAUGCAGGAGGGUAUGGGCAGUAGGACCAGGGUUUGCUUGAGUGUUUAGAUGUCAAUCCACUGAACAGAGCAUGCUCUCUUUGCCGCCCACCUUUUGUCCCAGAAGGCGGGUAGAGAGUAUUGGCAGGUAACCAUCACUGUUAAGCACAAUGCCUUGUUCAGCCCAAAAAGUGAGAAAUAAAUGUGAAAAAAAACCCUGGUAUUGUUAACCCCUUAAGGACUGAGACAAAUGUAUAUGUUUUGAUAAAAUAAAACGUAAACAAAACUUGGAAUUUGACUAUAUAGAAACAUAGAAUGUGAUGGUAGAUAAGAACCAUUCGGCCCAUCUAGUCUACCCAAUUUUCUAAAUACUUUCAUUAGUCCCUGGCCUUAUCUUCUAUUUAGGAUACCCUUAUGCCUAUCGCACACAUGCUUACACUCCUUUACUGUGUUAACCUCUACCACUUCAGCUGGAAGGCUAUUCCAUGCAUCCACUACCCUCUCAGUAAAGUAAUACUUCCUGAUAUUAUUUUAAACCUUUGUCCCUCUAAUUUAAGACUGUCCUCUUGUGGUUUUUCUUAUUUUAAAUCUAGUCACCUCCUUUACUGUGUUGAUUCCCUUUAUGUAUUUAAAUGUUUCUAUCAUAUCCCCUCUGUCUCGUCUUUUCUCCAAGCUAUACAUGUUAAAGGACCACUAUAGGCACACAGACCACUUCAGCUUAAUGAAGUGGUCUGGGUGCCUGGUCCAGGUGGGGUUAACCCCCUUUUUUUAAAUAAACAUAGCAGUUUCAGAGAAACUGCUAUGUUUACACUGAGGGUUAAUCCAGCCUCUAGAGCCUCUAGUGGCUCUCAUUGACAGCCGCUAGAGGCGCCUGCGUGCUUCUCACUGUGAAAAUCACAGUGAGAAGAUGCCAGCGUCCAUAGGAAAGCAUUGUAAAUGCUUUUCUAUGAACUGGCUGAAUGCGCGCGCGGCUCCUGCCGCGCAUGCGCAUUCAGCUGAUGACGUCGCUAGGAAGGAGGAGAGGAGGAGGAAAGCUCCCCGCCCGGCGCUGGAGAAAGGUAAGAUUUUAAGCCCGUCAUCUCUCCAGAACUGCUAAUAGCUCUCCCUAUACAACCAAGCAUUCUGCUAGCAUUUCCUGCUGCUCUAUUACAUUGUCUGGCUACCUUUUUAAGUCAUCAGAAAUAAUCACCCCUAAAUCUCUUUCCUCAGAUGUUGAGGUUAGGACUCUAUCAAAUAUUCUGUACUCUGCCCUUGGGUUUUUAUGUCUAAGAUGCAUCAUCUUGCACUUAUCCACAUUAAAUGUUAGUUGCCACAACUCUGACCAUUUUUCUAGUUUACCUAAAUCAUUUGCCAUCUGGCUUAUCCCUCCUGGAACAUCAACCCUGUUACAUAUCUUAGUAUUAUCAGCAAAAAGACAUACCUUACCAUCAAGACCUUCUGCAAUAUCACUAAUAAAAAUAAUAAAGAGAAUGGGUCCAAGUACAGAUCCCUGAGGUACCCCACUUGUGACACGUCCAUGCUUCGAAUAUACUCCAAUAAUUACAACCUUCUGUUGCCUGUAACUCAGCCACUGCCUUACCCAUUCAACAAUAUUGGAAUCCAGACUUAAAGGACCACUCUAGGCACCCAGACCACUUCAGCUUAAUGAAGUGGUCUGGGUGCCAGGUCUCUCUAGGAUUAACCCCCCUUUUUUUUUUUUUUUUAUAUAAACCUAGCAGUUUCAGAGAAACUGCUAUGUUUAUAAUAGGGUUAAUCCAGCCUCCAAAUCCUCUAGUGGCUGUCUCAUUGACAGCCGCUAGAGGCGCUUGUGUGAUUCUCACUGUGAAAAUCACAGUGAGAACACGCAAGCGUCCAUAGGAAAGCAUUGUAAAUGCUUUCCUAUGAGACCGGCUGAAUGCGCGCAGCUCUUGCCGCGUGUGCGCAUUCAGCCGAAACUGGAGGAGAGCUCCCCGCCCGGCGCUGGAAUAAAAGUAAGUUUAACCCUUUUCCUCUCCCCAGAGCCGGGCGGGAGUGGGACCCUGAGGGUGGAAAACGAGUAUGUUUUUCUGGCACUAUAGUGGUCCUUUAACCCCUUUAAGGACACAUGACAUGUGUGAUAUGUCAUGAUUCCCUUUUAUUCCAGAAGUUUGGUCCUUAAGGGGUUAAAGAUUGCAAUUUAUUGAUAAGACUACUAUGUUCAACAGUGUCAAAGGCCUUACUGAAAUCUAGGUAGGGAUUGUCUACUGCACAUCACUGAUCUAUUAUUUUAGUUACCAAAGAUUAGUAGGGACCGAUAUUGUUUUUGUUUGUUUUUUUAGAGCCGAUAUUCUGUGAACUUUUAGGCUGAUAGCCGAUAUUCUGUACAUUUACCAUUUUGGAAAAUAAAAACUAUUUCUAAAGGUAAAGGCACAAAAUAUACAUGCCACGUGUAGUGGAUGCAGUGUGUUUAGACAGGGGAGCUGUGUGUGUUUGUGUAGUGGAUGCAGUGUGUGUGUGUGUAGUGUGUGCGUAAAGUGAAUGCUGUAUAUACUAAAUGCAAAGGGUGUGUGUAUAUAAUGAAUGCAGAGUGUAUGUAUUUGUGUAGUGUGUGUGUGUGUGUAUAGUGAAUGUAGUGUGUGUGUGUGUAUAUAAUGCAGUGUUUGUGUAGUGUGCAUUAUAUACACACUGUGCAAACACACUGCAGUAUAUAAUGCAGUGUGUGUAUGUAUACACACACACUUCACAAACACACUGCAUUAUAUAUACACACACUAUACAAACACACUGCAUUAUAUACACAGUGUGUUUGUGUAGUGUGUGAGGGGGCAUUUUAUUAUUAAAUUUUUUUUAUAUUUAAUUUAUUUUUGUUGUCCCCCCCUCCCUGCUUUCCUGCUUGUUGCCUGGCCAGGGAGGGGGUAUAUAGCAUUCGCUGGUGGUCCAGUGGUAUUGGCCGAGCUGUGGGGGGCGGGCAGCAAGCGUUUACUCACCUCCCAGGAGCUCCUCCAGCUCCCCAGUGUAAGUCUCACGGCCAGCGUGCCACGUGGGUCUUGCGAGAGUUACACUGGGCAGCUGGAGGAGCUGCUGGCAGGUGAAUAAGCGCUUGCUGCCCGUCCCCCCAGGACCGCCGGGUUUGUAAUGAGCCUGGCGGUCCUAAGAGGUAUUAUCGGCAAUAUCGGUAUCUGAAUUGGCCGAUACGAUAUUGCCGAAAAUACAGAAUAUCGGCCGAUUAUAUCGAUAAAACCGAUAAUCGGUCGAUCCCUAAAGAUUAGUUUGGCAUGAUUUCCCUGAAGUAAACCCAUGUUUUCUCUGAUCUUGAAAUCCAUGUGAUGUUAGAAGUUCAACAAUCCUAUCCUUUAACAUGGUUUCCAUUACUUUCCCCACUACUGAAGUAAGGCUUACUGGCCUAUAGUUGCCCGACUCCUGCCUUUCUUGUGAAUAGGCACAACAUUUGCUAACUUUCAAUCUUCUGGGACUACUCCUGUUAACAAUGAUUGGUUAAAUAAAUCUGUUAAAGGGAAACUCCAGUGCCAGGAAAACAAUCCGUUUUUUUGGCACUGCAGGUCCCCUUUCCCUCCCAAUCUCCGGUUGCUGUAGGGGUGAAAACCCCUUCAGUCACUUACCAGAGGCAGCGACAUGUCCCACGUCGCUGCUUCUUCUGCCGCUCCUUCUCUGCAUUAUGUUGGCCGGUGGGCGAGACUGAUCUUGCCCACCGACUGGGGAGACCUAAUGCGUGGCAAUGCGCAUUAGAGCUCCCCAUAGGAAAGCAUUGAAAUGGGGAAUUGAGCGUCGCUGGAGGUCCUCACACAGAAAAUCUGUGCUAAAGACACGGAAGUGCCCUCUAGUGGCUGUCUAGUAGAGGUGGCGUUAACCCUGCAAGCUAAUUAUUGCAGUUGAUUGUGGGAGUUGGCACCCAGACCACUCCAAUGGGCAGAAGUGGUCUGGGUGCCUGGAGUAUCCCUUUUAAUGGUUUUGCUAGUACACCACUGAGCUCUUCUUAUAACUUUGGGUGUAUUCCAUCAGGUUCCAUUGACUUAUUUGUCUUUACUUUUGACACUUGAAAUAGAAUCUCUUUCUCUGUAAACUCAAAUGUAACAAAUUACUCAUUUGUCCUUUUUCCUAACUGAGGCCCCUUUCCUUAAUUUUCAUCUGUAAAUACUGAACAAAAAUGUUCAUUGAGGCAGUCAGCUAGACCUUUAUCCUCUUCUACAUACCUUCCUUAUUUUGUUUUUAAUCUAACCCUUGUUUUACUUGUCCUUUUCUCAUUUAUGUAUCUAAAAAAGUUUGGUCCCCCCCCUUUUUUUUUUACUGACUGUGCUAUUUUCUCUUUUGUGUGAGAUUUGGAAGCUUUUAUAAGUUGCUAAGCCUCUUUCUGCCUAAUCUUCUAGAUUAUUUUGUCUUCCUCACUGUUUUUUUUUUUAAAUUUUAAAAAAAAAAAAAAAAUUUUUUUACUAAAUGGAAACUUUUUGUUUUUUACUUUUUUGGCCACAUCUGCGGAGUACCACAGUGGUUGUCUGUUCAACCGUAAUUCACCUCUUUCAUAUUAAGUGCACUCACACUUAUUAUAUAUAUAAUUUUAAUUCAUAGUGUACGGAAGUCCAGUGUCAGGCGACCAAAAGUCACCUAGUGACCUGGGAGUCCCUCUAGUGUCUCUCUAAACGGCAAUAAUUACCUUUUGCAGGAUUAAGGGAUCUGUGACUAUGCACCCCGACCACUUUAAUGAGCUGAAGUGAUGUGGGUGUCUAUAGUGUCCCUUUUUAAAUUAGACUUGCAUGUUUUAUUUACUAUAUAUGUACUUGUCAGCAAUUCAAAGUGAAUGUUUACAUUUUAGACCAAAGAAACUAAAAACAUAGGCCACAAAUUUGGAAAAUUCUGCUGACAUUUUGAAAUUCAUUUUCAAUUACCAAAAAUGUACGCUUCGGUGUAUAACACUUAAGUUUGAAACCGCAUCUCUAAGUACUGAUUCAAUGGUUUUCUCAGAGUAAAACAGCAAAAACAUACAUGUCACACUUGUGUGGUUGCCUGGAGUGUCCCUUUAUUAAAAAUAAGAUUAAUUGUUUCAGUUAUGACUAGUUUUGAUUGCCACUGUUUUUUCUUUCAGAAAAACCUGCUAUAGCACCUCCUGUGUUUGUGUUUCAAAAGGAUAAGGGUCCUAAGGUAAGUGAAGAACUCUUGUUUUAUAAAGGUAUGUAAAUGGUAGAUGCCACAGAUUGAAGUUUUAAUUGGCUUAACCCAGAUGGAACUAUUUUGAGUUAAUCUGAUCCUCAAGCCAUAAUGUGAUGUAAGCUCUAGCACAGCUUGCAGUUUGACAUGCUUUUUAAAUCUUUCAUACCCACUUUUCUAAACUUCUUUCAAUAUGAGUGGUGGUUCCUGCCUCCAUUGCUUGUCAUCUCAUUUAUUGAUAUUGAUAAUGUUUGUUUACCUUACAUAGCUGUAUAGUAACUGGUUUUCACAAAAAUUGACAACACAUGCUGCUAAAAUACUUGAUCCUGAACUAUUGCCCCAAUAAUGUUAACCCUGUUAAUGAUAUUGGGACAUUCCAUGCUUUCCGACAGAGAGGGCUUAAAUCAAUGAAUACCUGGGGAUUCCCUCUCUGCUAGGGUUAUGUUUAGUAUCCCCAGACUUUUUGAUGAGCUGCAAGCAGCUCUUUAAAUGGUCAUUUAAAUGCAUUUUAAAUAGAUUGCAGUGUGAGCAUUGUUAUAUCCCUGCUCACACCACUAACCCUAGGUAUCUGUAGUUUUCUAGGGUUCCUCUAAGUCAGCUGGGACCAUUUUUAGUGGCCCCAGGCUGACCAAUGACCUCUUUGCAGUGCUGGCAGCCACAUUCAUUCAUUCAUAAAAUCGAUUGCUCAGUGAGUUUUCAGUGCUGCAGUUUUCUGAAUGGGUACCCCCUCUCCCCAGUGUCUGAAUAGCCCAAACAGACUCUUACAGCCUUUCCCCAGCUGUUUGUGACCUGUGCUGGACUUUGCCGGAUGCCCAGAACUAAUCACAGUAAUCGACUGGAAAACGGGACUCUGUUUAUAAUUACACUGAGUGUAAUUAUGAAAAAUGCCUGCAGAUGGUGGUCACAAACAAUUAUUUACUGUGUCCUUAGGGUUGGGGCUAGUGGUGUGUUGGGUUAUGAAAGAGAGAGAUUUAAGGGUGAGAAUAGGAUAGGAUUAAGAGUUAGUGAUGGGUAAGAUUUAACGCUGGGUUUGGGUUAAUGCUGUUUUAGUGUUGGUGUAGUGUUAUGGGUAAGCGUAUGGUUAGUUCGCUUACACACAGGAGUGUGGAAAUGUUAAAAAUAAUUUUACUUGUCCACAGGAUUAAAGUGGUAACCCUAUCCACUUGGCCCUCGUGACAAGCUACUUUUCCUGACCAGCAAAAUAAUUUUAAUUAGAGAUACUGUGGUUCCUACCUAGGGUCUCUUCCUCUGUCCUUCCUUAGUGUUUAACUUUUUUUCCUAUUUAUUGCGUCUUCCUUCUGUUUACUCUCCCCAUUCAUCCUAUGCUUGACUAUCCUGUACUUUUGCAUCUCCUGUGUCUUAAACUUCCACUCCUUUUAUAUAUACAUAAUUUUUAAAUUUUUUCGACUGUCACCUUUAUUAAUCUGUGGUACCUAUCUCCUUUAGUGCUGGGCAGGUUAUUUUGAAUCUUUCACAUUCCGUGUCAUGCAGAUCUUUACUUAAAUGUCUGUGACUUUGUUUUCCAGAGAUCUGCUGAUGGUUCCAGUCCAGAGCAAGGUGAAGGUAAUGCAUAUAUUUUAAUUCACAAUACAAUAGGAUAAAAUUGUGUAUAUAUUCCAAAUCCAUGUGUUUUGGUGCAUAGAUCAGUGGUUCAGAAAACCGUCCUCAUUGCCCACCAUUAAUUCAGGAUUUAUGUAUUUCACUGUUUUCCAAUUCCAGUAGAGAUACUGACAAAACCUGGACUGUUGGUGGGUCUUGAUGACUGGUUUGGGAAACACUGGUAUAUAUCAUGUCCCUGCAGUCUCACUGCUCAACUUUCUGCCAUUCAGCACUAGCCACACCUCCUCUGGCUGAAUCGCACACAGCCUCCCUACACACUUCCUGUAAAGAGAUCUAAUUUUUAAACUUGUUAUUGCACCGUUUCAAUUUAGAAUUUCUUAUCUACUGCCCAGUUAAUAGUUAAAAUAAUUCGUUAAUAGGACUUGCAAAGAGAUAUGUGUGUGGUUGAAGUUUAUAUAACAUUACCGUAUACACGAACUUCUAAAAUAAACACACAGUGCUGCAAGAUCUGAUUAAACAUUUUAAAAACAAAUUAAUGUUGGCUGUGUGGCUCAUAGCCAGAGGAGGUGUGGCUAGGACUUUAUAAAGAGAAACAAAAGUCACUUAACUAAUGGCAGAGAAUUGAGCAGUGAAACUUCAAGGGCAUGACCUAUAGUCUAAAAUGUCCUCAUUAAACUGUUUUGAUGCUUGGAGUAUUACUUUAAAUGUGAGGUUUUAUAGGAUAUGUCUGAGGUAUAUGAUCAGAAGGAAGGAGCAAAGAUAAACUUUUUUUUUUUAAGGGAAACCAACACUUCUCUGGAAAUUGCACCAUUGAAUGAAACACUGAAACCAACCUAUAACUUUUCUUGGAUUCUAUCCUACCCUCCACUUUUUAUUUUUCCCUGCUCCUAAAAUUUUCUGUUUUCUUUUUAAACUGUAUAUUAAAGGAAGACUAGGGCUUUAAAACUACUUAAUGUAAAUGAAUUGUUAAUGGUGCUCGGAGUCUUUACCGCGCCUUAUUUCACUUCAAGUGUUCAUACAGUUUUUAAAUGUGGUAAUUAGAGUUCCCAAAGUAUUACUGGCUAUGGGUAUAAAAAACAACUAUGAUAUUCUUGUAUGUUGAAACAAAUGUGUAGAUGCCUAGACAGUCCCUUUAACACAGUGGUUAGUCCAUGAUGAAAAUCAGUCUGGAGGUAAAGAAUGUGACUGGAGGCACUAUAACCAUUGGAAUUUUUUUUUCUUUUUAAAAUAAUAAUGCCUGGACACUUAUGAUGUUUGUCUAUUCAGUGUUAAAUCAUUUUUAAGCAGUUUAGCACUAAAUUAAGGUCUUUGACACCCACUGCUUGGUCCCUACUGGAGGUAUGGUUAAGACAAAGAUUACACACCUCCUUGUAGCCAUACCAGUUCAUACCAGCAAUGAGCUCUGUGAUAGGCUGAAAGUGAUCAGCUGACACUCUCGGCAAAUCGCAACCUUCCUUUGCAGCUAAGGCUUCGCCAUCAGCCCAAGCACCAUAGAGAGAAAGGGCUACUGGGAUUCUUGUUUAGCUUUAAAACAUUAAAAGGACACUAUAGGCACCAGAACCACUACAGCUUAAGGCUUCAGUUCUGGGGCAUAUAGCUUGUCUCCGCAGACUGAACAUUUUCACCUGUAGUGGUUGUCUGACAUAGGAACUUACUGGACAAGUUCUUGCAAUCUUUGCAGGACCUAUGACCUAACGCUCUGCGUUGAUUAAGUGCAAUUCUAUGAGUCCUAUCUAAAAUAUAGUAUUUGCAUAUUUUCUAAAACCAAACUUAAAUUAGUUUCUCUUUAAGACAAAUCUUGUAAAAGGCAAUUAUAUUGGCCUGCUUUUUCCACAGUAUUUGCUUAGUGGCCAAAAUAAUACAAUUUGGGUGGGGCUGGGGGUUGGCACACAUGUAACCUGUGCAGUCCCUUGCUAGCUGGACUCCAAUAUAAGCAUUACCAAAAGCUGGAUUUUGGAUGGAAAUUAACAGAAUUUACUCACACAUUCUCACUCGGCAAGGGCUCAUUGACCAUGGGACGCAAAUCUGAACUGCUUCGGCCCGCCAUUCUUAGAUAUUGGCGAUUUUUGUAUCAGAAGCAACGUGCGUAGUAUGUCAGAGAUUACACAAACUCCUCUGAGCAUAUGUUGCAUUCCAUGGAGGUCUUGAGUUUCCAGAAUCCCUCUGGGCUUCCCCAAAUUGGUAUUGGAGACUCCUCCUCGCUGGUAAUGGGCAUUCUUAAGACCAUAUUGAUGGACCUCUGACCAUAUAUCUGAGGACAUAACAAUUUUAAUAUUGUCCUCCAAUUUGGAUAUGUUUGUCUUUCCUAUGUUGAAGAGGCCAUAACCUUUCAUAGUAAUUAUCCUGCCGAGCUCUACAAAACCGUUCAUGAUUUGUAAAAAGAUCAUACGAUGGAUGGAAUACCACCUCGAAAGCACUGCAAACAACUGAAAACCAGUGGCCUAUCUGAUAAUAUACCCGUUUUGAGCUGCCUGAUUUAUUAUGCAGACUUUUUAUGGAAUUAUUGCCCCCAAUUCAAGCAAGCGUGACCUAUUUAUUGGAUAUUUCGUCUGCUAAACCAUGGCAGGCCUCAACCACUACUUCCAGCAAACACCUUGUAAAAUUCCAGAAUGGUCAAGACAAGGAAGCUGUUCUAAAUGCUAUUAAAAGCAAAACUUUGUAUUAGUUGAGGGGUUGGAUCUCCCAUUCUUAGCCAACCUAUUUAGGUCCACUUUGCUCUGGAGGAGAUCACUUUAUCUCUUCAUGUUACCACUAUCUUCCAUUGGGCUGUGAUAUCUUUGGGCAUUAAUCAUAUUUUAAUUACAAACCCAAACAGUUAGCUCAGACUAUCAGUUAUAUUGAAAAUGGGGAAACUGGGCCUUAGCUCAGGUGUGUGUGUUUUUUUUUUUUCUGCCAACAAUACAAGGCCUAUGGCUUCUACCACUUGCAUAUGGGAAUGAACACUAUCUGCUUUGUUUGUACCAGCAGAGUGACGCUCACUGGAGUUAGCCGUUACUUGAGCUUGCAACUUGGCAGGGACUUUCAGCCCAACUUACUUUCUGCUGCUUUUAAUUUUCAAUAUCUUCUCUCUCUUUCCCAUGGCCUCUUGUGUUUUCUUCUUUUUCCCCCUUCUGUUUGUCUCUCUUCAUAUUAUUUUCAUUUAGCACAUAUAUAAUUUGCAAUGUGAGCAUAAUUAUUCAAGCAUUUUAUCACAUUAAUUUUGUAAUCUGUAUACUCACAAUGCUCCUACAAUAGAUUAAUUGAAUAGAUGUUGGCUUCUUUAGCACUAUUUAAUUUGUCUCUUACAUUUGGAAUUGGUGUGGGAUCAACUGAUUUUGGGGGUAAUGUAGUGGUGGGCUUAAGACAAUAUGGCCAUAUGAUAUAGUCAAACUGAAGAUUUCCCCCAUAUUUGUUUACUUGGGUGAUUUUAAGUAGCCUGAUAAGAUUUAUAAGUGUAUUUGUAUGUGUGUGCUGGAACUUAAUUUGUAUUUCUUCAUAUUAUAAACCUCAAGUAGCCCAGAUUCAGCAAAUGGUCUGAUAGCACCUACGUACUCCUUAUCUUAGUUGCUAAUUUAGUCAAUGAACUAUGGUCAAUGACCAUAGUUUCUUGUACCUUUUUUGGGUAUCUUGUAAUUUCAUGUUUGAGACCUAUAGUUUAGGUUUCCUCCCCUUCCCAUGAAAAACCCACAUCUCUUCUGCUUCAGAGUGAUAUGUAUACUGUACUGCUCUUUCAGCAUUGGUCAAUUCUGAAUGUAAUGUCGUGCAUAUUUCAGAUUGUUGCAAAAAAAAAACAAUAGUUUAAAAUCUGAAUUUAAUAAAGGCUUUAACUUCAACCUCCUGCCUGCAAAUUCCAUUGAAAUUGUGGAGAUUUUAGCUGUAUUUGCUGGCUUAAAGUUCUAAUUGGUAAAUUUUGAACAAUGUCUACAUAUUGUAGUACAAGUGACUACUAUGGCAGUUGUUCUCAACAAGUGUGCUACAAACUACAUGAAAGGGAAACUAUAGUCAUCCAAACUGUUUUAAAACAUUGCAGUUCUUUAGAAAAAGCAAUGUUUACAUUGUAGGGUUAAAUCCACCUCUAGUGGCUGUUAGUGUGACUGCCACAAGAGGUGCUUCUGUGACACUGACAGAGUAAAACUUGGUCACAUGACGCAGAACCCCCCCAUUGCAAAGCAUUGAUUCAAUGCUUUCUUAUGAGGAUGUUUGAAUGCUUUAUGGGGAGCAUUGGAUUGGACGUCUGUGACUCCUCCAUGACUUCACAGGAGGCAAACAGAGUGCAGAGGGAGACUCGGUGCUGCAAAAAGGUAAGUAAAACAAUUUUGUUGGGAAUACAGAUUUGUGUGCCUUUGGCAAAUUGACUCAUUUGCUGUAAUACUGUAAUGCAGUGCUUAAAAUCCAGAAAUUUUAGCUAGAAGAAUGUGUAUAUCUCUUUAGUAGGGCAAGUGUAUUGAGAACAUGUGAUGUUUACAACCUGCUGCUGAUGGUAAACAGGAAAAAAAAAAAGUUGUUGUGCCUUAAUAAUGUUCUCUUAUUGAAGUGUGCCUUGAUUCCAGAACGAUUGGCAACCAUUGCCUUGUGGUAUUGAAUUCUUUUUCAUAAUCUGGACUGUGGGCAUUCAGACGUUGGUGAAAUAAGUGUUACAAACUAAAACUCAGGCAUACCAACACACUGCUGAUUACAUAUCCAGUUUGCCUCUGAACCUGUCAUCAUUUUUUUUUUUUUUUCUCUUCUCUUCUUUUACAGAUUCUGACAGAGAAGAUGGAAGCUACUGCCCCCCAGUGAAACGAGAACGUACCUCAUCCUUUUCACAGUUCCCGCCUUCUCAGUCUGGUAAACUUAAAAUCUUUCUUAAAAUAAGUGAGAUUGAAACCAGGUUUUGUUACGUACCCUUUUUCACUUCUUUUCUGCAUGUGACAAUAAUGAUAGGUUGAUUGCAACAGCAGAUGGUGCCGCUGAAGGGAUGAGAACAAGUCCUAGGCUUCCUGAUUGUAGCAGAGGGACAGCGCACUUGGGCGCUUUUUUCCAUAUCUGUGGAUGUCACUCUGAGUACUAACAAUACUAAUGUAGCUAGUCUAUGAAGAGUUCAUGUCUAGUCAGAACAUGUUCCCUUUAGAGCAGGGGUCCUCAAACUUUUUAAACAGGGGGCCAGUUCAAGGUCCCUCAGACACUGUUGGGGGCCGGACUAUAAAAAAUAUGAACGAAUUCCUAUAUGUGCGCGCGCGCGCACAUAAGCAUACACACACGCGGGCGGGCAGACGCACAGACACACAUACAUAUAUACACAGGCAGAUACACAUACAUAUACACACAGGCAGACAUGCAGAUACACAUACAUAGGCAGGCUGGCAGAGCUAAUUUUGCUUACCUUUUUUGCAGGUGAGUAGCUGUGGCUGAUGAGUUGGCGUGGCUCCAGCGGCCAGUCUCUCCUCUCUUCCCUCCCGUGCGGAGGGAGCUGGGAGGAAGUGUCGGCCUCUUCCUCCCAGCAGUACUUUGCGGCUGAAAUUCUUUAAAGGGGCCCGGUCGUGCUACUGCACGGCCGCGGCGCUGACCAGGGCCCAUCGGGUGGCCCUGAGGUCUUGGGCUGGGUUCAGGAUCCUGGCGGGCCGGAUUGAACACUCCACUAGUUCAUAAAGACCUUUCUCUCAUGUGUCGGACAUUCAUUUUAUUAAGUGAGCCCUGCAACUAUCAUUUGAUUUUACUUGCAACACUGUCCCUCAUUUAAAAAAAAAAAAAAAAAAAAACUGUGUAAACACUGCAAUUUUCCAACUGGUGGUUGUGAUGGAGAGGUUAUUAAGGUAAUCAAAAAAACUGUCUUCUUGACGGCAGCAGUGUGGUAAUCUUUAGUUGCGGCAUCCCGUAGACCAAUACUUGCGUUGCAAUUUGACACUGUACAGUGCAAAAGAAAACUUCAAUGAUUUGCAUUAAAAUAACGUCUCCCUGUUUUAAUUUAUGGUUUCCCUAUUGCUUUCAGUAACGAAGAACAAUGUAUUUAUGCCAUCCAGUUUUUGCCAGCCUUCUACCGGUAAUUCUGAUUCAGAGCCAGGUGAGAUGCAUCCCAAGUAACUAUAUAAAAAAAUAAAAUAAAUUGGAGCAUAAGAAUUGAGGUAAUAUGUGGUAGCCAGCAUGUCGUUCAUCUAUUUUCAAACGUUUGUGGUCCCGUGAUGUAAUUUUGGGCAGUUAGAUAAUGUCAUUAUUGCUCAUGAUUUAGCAGGCCUAAACACAUUCAUUUUUUAAACAAACUGUUUUUAUUUCUUGUUUGAAUGAUCUGAGGGUUGAGGAAUUCCGAUCAUUCUGGACAUGACACUGUGUGUUGGGCAGCCAGUAUUGAAUCUUUUAGCCCUGCUGCAUGCAAGCAGUUCCAGCUGGUCCUUGGAAGGAUAUGAUCCAAGCAGGGAGCAUGUGGUCUGCAACUCCUGUGGAAGUAAGCCACUGUAAUCGCUCUAUUGGUAAUGAGCCAGAGUGUUGCAGCCGGGUUCCCAGCAUACAGUCGACCUCACUGAGGUCCUGUACUGCCAGGAAGAGAAUACUAUUGUCUGCUCUCAUUGGAGGAGCAUACCAAACAUUCCCCCACUAGAUACUUUAACCCAGCAGUUUGCGCCGCGUCGGGCACACAGGGGCGCCGCAAAAGGUUUUCCCAGUGCUAUGAUGAUAGCACUGGGAACUGUGCCUCCCUCUCCCCUACCGGCUUUGCAGGACUGGAGGGGAGAUCAGAGAUCUCCCUCUCCGGCCCACUAGCAAUGUAAUGCUGGCCAGCUGGCAGUGGAGGGAGGCUGAGAGGACCCGGGGGAGCUCUAACCUGCAGCUCUGCUGGCAUCUCCUCUGGCAAGCUUGGAGCGUUGCCGUGGUUACCACGGCAACGCUCCGAAACUCGCGAGAGUGAACUCUAGCCUGAGCUGCAGACUAGAGUUCACUCUCACCAGGGCUUCACCACUGGACCACCAGGGAUUCGUACUGUCCCCCCUCCUAAGCAAAGGUAUGCAGGGAGGGGGGAUAUGAAGAUGUAUACUUGUUUGUUUUUUUUUGUUUGUUUUUUUUUGUAUAAAAUAUAUACAAAUGUAUAUUUAUUAAUUUGCCCCUCCACACACUGCACCCCUCACACACACAUUGCCACCUAAUACACACUCUGCCCCACCUACUAUGCACAACUCUUACACACACUACAUCUGUUGCAAAACACACUGCACCUUUCGCUCGCGCGCGCACACACUGUUACCCCUUUCCCAUACUACAGCCCCUAUCCCAGCAGAUCCUAGGUAAAUUGUCAAACUGUUUUAAAACAGUUUGACUACUUACCAUGGGAGGGCACCACGGCACUCCUGGCACCAUAACCACUAUAGAGUGCUGUAGUGAUUAUUGUGCCUUGAUUUUUUUUUUUUUUCCUUAAAUAAUCUCCCAGUGCCCCUCCCAAGAUUAGGUUCAGGAUCCGCCCCUGACCAGGAAACCUUUCUGCUGAACAAGGGCCCACUAUAUGCUGCAGCGCUGUACAUAUAUACUACCUAGAAAUCUGUUUUGAUUUGGGGCGCCUUGGAAAAAUAUUGAAAUAUAAAGGGCGCCUUGAACCUUAAAAGUUUGAGAACCACUGUUUUAACCCCCAAUUACACCACAGAGCCUCUGUGAAACACUUUCAUUGUAAAGAGGUAGUUGACAAAAUAAACUCUGCUGAGCACAUGAAUUGGCAUCUUCACAUUGAAAAAUGGUCUCCUCUACACCUAGUAAGGCAGUGGCACUGCAUAAAAAAACUUGCUAAAGUUGCAUGAACCCUAAUAGAUAAGAUUUUUCUGUUAAAACAAAUUGGGUCCACAUGCUGUUCAAGGAGGUCCCUGAGGCUUAAAUUCCAAUUAUUAAAAAUGUAAUUAUAAAUCUUGUAUGUGAAUAAAUCGCAUUUUGGAGAAAUGUCUUUGGUUUACCUGACCUUUGUCCUGUAAUUUAGUAAUUGGCUUCCUUUGUUUCAGAGGAAAAAUGUGGUGGAUUCAGACUAAAACCUCCAACUCUAAUUCAUGGCCAGGCCCCCAGUGCAGGUAUGUACAUAUUAAACUUGGAGUCUUAAACGCUGUUCAUGGUACCUGUCAGUUUCAAAUUUAUAUUGCACCUAUAAAUAUUUAGUAGGUACCGACAAAAGAGUUGAUGUCUUCAUGGUGUUCGUCGACGAAUCUGUGUAACUUGAGCUUUGUUCAAACCAUUUUAUUGUUUACAUAAUGCCCCUGAAAACUCUGCUCAAUUCUCUGCUGUUUAGGAGUUAAGUAACUUUUUUUUGUUUUUGUUUAAAUCCCUUUUGUUUCUGUUUAUGCUGUCAUAGCCGGUGGGGCUAGGGCUGCAUAAACAUAAACAAAAGGGAUUUAACUCCUAAAUGGCAGAGAAUUGAGCUGUGAGACUGCUGGGGCAUGAUGUAUACACCAAAUAUUAAGCUUUAUUGGUACUUGGUGUCCCUAAUACCAUGAAGACCUAUAGCCUUUUUUUUUCCCUGGCUGAACACAGUUUUGUUUUUUUUUAAUUAUGUUUUUUUGUUUUUUUUAAAUUGUAUUUAUUUUUUAAAAUCUGUUCUUAUAGAACAGUAUGUUUACGUUAAAGUUCCAUUAUAUGGCCAAACGAUAAGCACUUUUAAACACACUGGUCUCCUGCGAACUCUAGCAAGCUAUUAACAGAGCAGGUGAUAAAAAUUCUAAAUUGAACAUAUCUUUAUGAAAUACUCAUUUGUCAGUGGGGGUGACGGUGCUACUUUAAUGUAUAUAUGUAUUUUAUAUAUGUAUAAAAAAAUUAUUUUUUUUUUUAAAUAUGUAUGUGUUUGUUUUCAGACCGUAUACAAUGUUUCAUUCAUUUACAUUUCAGGACUCCCAAGUCAGAAACCGAAAGAGCUGCAACGUAGUGUGCUGCGUCCAGCAGUAUUACAACCUCCACAGCCCAAGAAUUUUUCAACAUCUUGUAAGCACUUACUUUCUAAGACGUGUGUGUCUGUGUAUAUAUCUGCCACAAGAAUGUUAAUGUAUCGUGCUUAUUUUACAAUUGAUGACGCAAGUUGAUAUAUCUGAACCUUGCAGGAAAAUGUCUUCUAUGGAAUCAUUUUGUGUGUUAGAGCAAAAAAAUGUAUAUUAAUUGGUAGGGUUUGUUGCACUGGCAUGUUCGUAUGAGGAUGGUAACUGUUUAAUUUAAAGCUGUUCUUUCACUGUCUCGGUUUUGAUUUGAUAUUGCCGCUUGGGGUAUGUUGGGGGGUGCCAUCCUCUUCCUGGCACUCUUCAGCUCAUGGUGCUUCAACUGCCAGAAGUCCAUGUCAGUGCUCUACUCUGGCGCAUUGAGAAGGCUGCAGGGAAUCCUAUCGAAAGAGCUUAUUUUCCUCACUUGUGAUCGUUGUGAGGAAAUGACCAGGCUUAAUGGCGUUUGCUCCUCAUAGAGCUUACAAUCUAGAAUGGAAAAUACUUGGACAAAGUAAUUCCUACUUUGUUCAGUAUAUCUUUUGAAUGGGUUGGAAUUUAAAAGUAAUUCCAACACAAUCAAUCUUAGUAUUUCAUAAAGAUGCCAUCUUUAUGAAUUAAUUGUUUGGAGACCUGACAGUGCUGCUUUUAAAUAUGUGAAUGUCUUCCCAACAUUACUCUUUGUUUUAAGUAUGCACCGGUUUUCCACUCCAGGUUUCAGCAGUGGAACUAAUGGCAUCAGUGUGUCCUCCGAAGUAUGUGGCUCCUCCUUGGGUGAUGCAGUUUGCAGUCAAGCUUCAUGUGAUAUUGUAGCGGAUGCUGAGAAAAAAGUAAGCAAAAUUAAUAAUUACUCUUUGUGUACUAUAGGUUUCUUUGCAAAUUAAAUACAAAAAAAUUUGUUCUUGUAGUAUUUUUUGCCUGCUAAGCUACAACUGAAUGCCCUUAAUUGAUUUUUAUUUUUGCCUGUGGCAAAGGGACCAGGCGCAUGCUUGCCAGAUGGUGCCAUAACCACUAAAAGCUAUUGUAAUUAUAUUUUUCAAAGGCUGCAAGCAACAUCCCACAGUUCCAAACUGCUGUCCAAUAUUUGGGAAGGUAAUGAUCUUAUUUAUUUUUAAAGUUUAGUUUUCUUUAAACUAGUAGUCUUUGAGACAACCCAAUUCUAGACCUGCGAAACAGGCAAUGGACACACUGUUCUGUGGUUCACAGUUCUGUCUGUGGUACCAGAAAAAUAGUAAGAGAAUGGUUAAGAAGUUAGGGGAGGAACAAGAUUUUGAUGGACAAAAAGUCUGCCCAGUGACGUGAACUGUCUCCUGUCCAAUAAAGAGUUGGAAAUAAAUUAUUGAUGGGGGAGGAAAAAAAUAUGAUUGGUUAGGAAAAGCCACUAAAUGUUGUUUUUAUUCACAGAACAAAUGAGAAGUCGUCAAUAGAGGGGUGGUGGGGAAAAGGGGAAGAAGCAGUAAAACAACUCUAUACAUUUCCGAGCAGGACUCUUUCAGACACUUAAAAGGGAUCCUAUAGUGCCAGGAAAACAAAGCCGUACUCCUGGCACUAUAGGGUUAAUGGGUCCCUCCCCUCCCUCUCGGGGUCCCCCCCCUCCAGUGGGUCUAAAGGGGUUAAAAACCUUUCAGCCACUUACCUGAAUCCAGCACUGGGUCAGGCUCCGCCCACGCUCCUCCCCCUGCCGUCAGCCGGCUGGGGAGACCUAAUGCACAUGCGCGCCAGUGGCCGCACACGCGCAUCAGUCCUCCCCAUAGAAAAGCAUUAUUCAAUGCUUGCCUAUGGGGGAAAUCUGACGCUGGAGGUCAGAUAACGGACCAAAAGUCUGUUUGGAUUCCGGAAGCCCUUUAGUGGCUUUCUGGUAGACAACCACAGAGGGCAGACUUAAUGCUGCAAUGUAAAUAUAAUGCUUUACAUUGCAGCACUAAAUGGAAAAGGGUCACAGCACCCAGACUACUUAAAUUAGCUGAAGUGGUCUGGGUGCCUACAGUGUCCCUUUAAAGGUACACUAUAGGGUCCGGAACACAAACCUUUUAUUGCUGACCCUAUAUUAAAAAACUAUUAUUUAGAUGGCUUAUCCCCAUUAGACUGGGUUAAAACCCACCUUCUUUCCAGCGCUGCGCUUGUGCACUGGCCCCGCCCCCGAUUUACCUCUUUGGUUGACCUCAGAAUUGAUGAUCUCCUUUAAUACAAUGCUUUCCCACAAAGGUGGUUGUAAUUUUUCUAAAAUAACUUAUUUUUUUUUUUUUUUUAAUUUUUUUUUUUUAAAUAGUACUGCUACCUUUGCAGACUGAAUUUACGUUUUUUCUUAAGUUUCUAAAAUAAUUCUAACAUCUGUUUAUAUUUUAAAAUGUAAUUUAAUGGUUGGUUUGGCCGGGUCUUGCCGUGUGGUGCCACCUCUGCAGAUGCAGUUUUUUUUUUUUGAAGUUGAUAGGACACUGGAAAUACUUUUUUACAAUUUUUUUUUAUUUUGGUGUUUAAUAUGUGAGGGAGGUCAACUGCUCACUUUUUUUUACGUUUUUGCUUUUCUUAUUGAAAUUAUUCUCCCCGCCCCCCCUCCAUUUUCAUUUUUCAAGAUUGCAAAAGGAAAUACAAUCUUUGUAAAAAUAUAUAUAUAUAUAUAUAUAAUUUGUUUUCUUUUAUUUUAUAUACAGAUUUAAGAAUAGUGACCAUUCACAAUUGGCUUUGCAAAGAUGCCUGAUAUUCUUUAGCCAUUAGGUUAAAGAAUAGUUUACCAGUUUUUGCAUAGAAGUACAGCAGUAUGUGCAUUUUCACACCAUUUUGGUCAAUCUGGAUAUGUCUUUCCUGUAACAGUCAAAUUGGCAAAAUAUGUACACCAGAUGGACAAAACUUUUUUUUUUUGAAGUGACCUUUUUCUUUCUUUUUAAUAUUUUGCCUUUUUCACAAGUCUAGUUUUGGUCUAAGCGCUCCUGAACUUUGACAGGGCUUUUGCCCUUUUAGCACAAUGGCCAUAAUGAUGGCAUGCUGUAGUUCUUGUUACAGAGGUGCCUAUUUAGUAUCCUUGUUUGUCACUGGUGGUGUAAAUGAGAAAAUACAAUGCAGAAAAAUAUUAAGCAAAUACAGGUAGAACCAUGACUUCAGUAGACUGGUCUCUAACAUAUUGGCCAAAAUACUUUUCUGUAGGAAAAAGUAUUCACUUGCAGUAAAUAGUAUGGAAAGAGGAUUUUGUUUUUUAUUCAAUAGGGGAAAAAUAAUUAAUUUUUACCUCUAAGGCUGUAUGUAAGCAUAAUGUAUGCUAUAGAGUGUAAUUUUCACCCAUAACACACACACGCAAUGAUUUGUCACCCUUUACGAUGUAGGUCUAUGUUCUAUACCUGUAUAAUAUUUAUUUUUUUGUUUUUGCUAGGGUACCAACAAUCAAACAGAAUCCUGCAGUGUUAAAGAUGGCAGUGAGGGCUCUGAGAAGGGCGACCAGAAUUCACAGCAGUCUUUUGUGUUUGGUCAGAACCUGCGGGACAGGGUGAAAGUAAGUAUCCCAAUUGAUUUGCCCUGGGAAAAAAAAAACUUAGGCCUAAACUUGAAUGACCAUCAAGAAUGCCUACAUUUUCUCUUUUCUUACUUUUUGAAGUUGCAUGCUAACUUAUUCUUACUCAAACUUUUCACCCAUUUCCUCAACAUUAAGAAUAGUGUAUCUGUUUAAACCUGAAAUUGGGCCCCCAAUGCCAAACCACUUUUCCUCAUCUGUUUCUUCCGUUUGCAACAGUCCACUUCAGGAAGGUUUGUCGGCUAAUGCUGUAUCACAGGCAGCCCAUUGUAAAUAAUAGUGUUCCGAUAUUUGUAAAUUCACUUUCUUUUUGCAGUUGGGAGGGGAGGGCAAAAGUUCAGUUGAUGGGGAGAACACAGGACCACAAAAUGCAGAUGCUCCAGCACAGACAAACUACUUCCUCCAGUACAUCAGUUCAAGGUGAUGUAAUCUUCUAAUUCUUCUUAUUGUGUGCAAAGUUUAAUGAACUUUAAAUAACUUUUAUCCCCACUUUUUGUAUUGGUGAACCAAUCAUUAUUCAUUUGAGCUAACAAAUAGUGGUUGCUGCAAAACUAGUUUAGCAUUUCAAAUGUGCUCUAAUCACAAGGGACUCUCCAGGUUGGAGAUAACCACUCAACCUAACUUCUCUCCUGCAGGGAUUUAUAUGUAGCUUCUCUGCCUGCUUUGAAUAAGUGGCCUGUUCAACAUGUGCUAGAACCAGCCAAAAAGAAUGUGAAGUUUUCAUUUUGUUUACAUACAAUAUAAAAUUAAAUAACUAAUGUAAUUUUUUUCCCCAUUUAAUAAAAAAAAAAUCUCACUUCUUAGGGAUCAGUAUAACUUACCUCCUCCUGCGAUUGCUCUUUGUGAACUUGCAGCAGCCGAUAAGAUGGACUGAGUAGGAGUUAGUUGGAUAACAGUAGAAUCUGACAGGCCAGAUGUCGGCCAUAUUAAAAAGGAAAAAACAAACAAAGCUCCUUCAUUAAAUGGAAUCAACUUUUCAAAUUAAGAGUUGAAAAUUUGACGACCGUUGUUUUUAAGGUGAUGCUAGCAUUUCUCUGUUUGCAAAUUAAACAGUCAUUGACAUGGAAAAUAGUAUGUCCUUUAGGAACCUUAUUGGAAAUAAAAUGAAAAGUUCACCAAGGCAUAGAUUCCAAUUCACUGGUUCUGUUUCAACUUGGCAUGUGUUUACGUGCAGCUAUGCGGUCCACAGUGAAUCACUGUAUCUCCUUUAAUUAAUGCUUUGUUUCAUUUACAUAUCCCUCAGGGUCUCUAUUUGUAAAGGGAAAGGCUUUUUGUGACUGUCAGACUUAAGAACAGGGUGAUUGAUCCUGUGGUUUGAAUAAGCAAGGUCGGGUUUUCCAUUCAAAUCGGUUUGUGGUGUCCAUGAAGGAAGUCUUCUUUUUCACCUGUCCUUGACGUCAUGACACACUUUCAUAAGCGUAUCCCCCAUCACGAUUUAAACUCUAUACUCUGUACUGCUUUCAGUGCAGAAAGGCUAUUACAUGAUGAUAGUGGAACUAAAGGUUGUAUACCUAAACAUUAUGAUCAAUUCAGGUCACUAAAGGUUGUACAUUUGUCAGAUCUGCUGCUUAUGACCUCGUGUCCAGCACAUCCAGGCGCGCGUCUCUUUUCGCAUAGCUGGUGUUCCGACCAUGACAAUAGUUAAUUUGAAGCCCUCAAGUUACCUUUAUAUUCCUUUUGCAGAUUUGUUGACAAUGAAGUGAUUUCCUUGGUUUUGUUUGAGAAACUUAUCUCUGCCUGUCUGUCUUCUAAUCUUUGUAAAUCUUCAGUGUUGGAUUGCAUGGAGGUUCUGAGACUCUGCGAUAAUUGCACACUACUAGAACUGUGGCUACCAUGUAGGCUUUUUGCCAUAAUCUUUCUUUGUAUCAGAUUUGCAGGGCACCCACUGCAUCCGUGCAUGUGUUAUUUUGAUGUUUUUGCUUCCAUUGAUGCACUUAUUGGCAGUGUAGCAGGACCUGGGGAACCCAGUUGGUUACCUCCUUUGGUAAUGAUAGGUCAGACUCUUUUCUCCAGUAACUUGACGGGACACAGUUCCAGGAUACAACUUUGACAAUGUUUAUUUGGGCACACAGCCUUUUAUGCACAGACCCCCAUAGGGGGUCUCCAUCCAACACAACACAAUCUCAUGCAGGAAGGGCUUGGGGAACAGAUAACCAUCUCCUGCUCUGGGAGAUACUAACAGACACAGGGACACGCAUGAGUACACAUUGCAUACAGGGGGGUGAAUUUUGGGGCUCGGCGCCUAGAGACAGGAAGGGGGUACAGAUGAAUAGCCCUGGGUCCCCUAUAGGACCCUUUGUAAAAAGCGGGGCGAUCGGAUGUAGUUCAUUGGUGUUGCUUGGUUUAGUCGGGCAAAUUCAAACUUUGAGCCUAAAUCAAGCAACAACCAAUCAGCCGAAAUGGCGCAAACCAAAUCGUGCCAAUCAGUGUUAGGGGGAGGAAGAAUUGUGUCGCGGCCCAAUCAGAAGAUAGGACGUGAAACCCGGUGUCACCAUUCCGCUGAAAGGCGCAAAACUUAUUUGCGUCAUUCAGCGCCCAGCGUCCAACCAGACGGAAGGGCACAAAACCCCAUUUGAACAAGUGCUCCUUCUCGGAUUGGUGGACCACUCCCUGCGGCGACCAAUCAGCGCUUUACUCGCGUCGAGAAUGGCGCGAACCCAGUUUGAACGGGCGCUCCUUCUACCAUUGGUCGGCACGGACUUCCAUGCGGCCAGCGGGAACCCUGUGGCCGUGAGACUGACUCACAGCCCCAGGGCCUCCCUGCUGGCGCGCAUCCCUCUCUCCGGUGGGUACCCACACUCAGGUAUCCACCGGAGAGAGCAUUCGCCUGGGUAGCCACGAGCCUAGCCUUGUAGCUCCUAGGUUUGAGAGUGGCAAGUGAUUAUAGCUCCGUUAUGAGCAGGUAGGAUGAUCCCUGACACAGACUAAUGCUCCCCCUGGUGGACGUUCGGUAAUACGAACUGGCAGCCACCCAGGGGAAGCAUGCACCGUUCGCUCCUUUGCGGUCUGCGGUUUUCACACCUCAUUAGCGAGGUGUAAACGUUCUAAAUGAAGUGCCGGGGAGCUCCGUGCGCCGGAGCACCCCUGGGUGGUCAAAAUUUAUUUUGCAGGGUUUUCGGUUAAAACUACAGAAAGGGGAAGGUUAAACAGGGAACACAUACGUUCUAGGAGGGCACAUCCACACAUAUAAAACGAGGCAAUUCAGUUAGGCAGCGGUCCCGCCACAGGCAGUAAGGUGUAAUCUCUGCAAGGGUUUAAAAUACCUUGUGUUGAUUUCCCAACCUUUCACCAUCUCAGGAAAGAAAUCAAAAUUUCUUACUUGACAAUGUAUUUCCUUAUGUUGAGAAGCCACACCAUUUCAUUGGUUGCUAGUUUUUUUGUUUAGUGCUUCAACUGCCUUUUUAUUACUUCUUCCUAUGCUUGGCUAUAUGACAAAUGAGCUUGCAGUAGGAGGGCAUGCCAACAUGGCCUUUCACCAUCAGGAACAGUAAACCGUGUUUCUAAACUGCUGUUUCUGAAUUAGUAGUGUCUGAGUGCAAAAUGGUUUGCUUUGGGAUGUGUUGGUGAUACAACUGUACACUUAAUAAGUGUUUGCUCUGCUCUUUAAAUAGGAUAAAAAAGGAUAGCAGUGGAUCUGUUGCUCUGUGCUACUUGAAUGAGCACUAGUUAAGUCCAACUUCAGCUUAGUGGAGUAAUUAUGGUCUAUAGGUCAUUCCCCUCUCGUCUCUGCCAUUGAGGAGUUCAUGUGUGACUGUCACAGACUGUGACAUUGCAGUUAGGGGUCUGGUGGUUAGGCGGGGGCAGUUAAAAGGUAGUUCUACUUACCUGAUCCUGUCCCAUGCGAGUGCAGUCCUCUUUCUCCGGUGGGUCUUUCAGUGUGAGUAGCCGAUGUCACUGCUAUACAGCAUUGAGGUCUAUGGAAUCCUUUAUAGACAGAGCCAAUUCGUUGCAGCAGUCACUGGUGAUGGCUGGCGGGGUUUGAUACUAGACUGCUGUAGCCCUGCCUAGUGUCUAGAAGUGUCAGGCGUAGGAAAAAUAAGGAGUCAAAGUAGUCCCUAAUUUGUCUCAAUAUAUUUAUUGACUGGGUUGGAAUUUUAGUGAAAAUUCUAACAAUGAGUAUUUCAUAAAGAUUCUAGCUUUACUUUAUGAAAAACUCAUUUUUCAAGGGGGUGUGACUGUGUUACUUCAAAUCACUGUUUAUAAAGCAUUGUAACACCGCCCUGCAUGUAGGUUAAUCUCUCUACACGUUUCCUGUUCCUAACAUCCUUUAUUGCACAGUUUGUUUAAUUUAAAGUGCCAUAUUUCAUGCUCUAUUAAUAGCCUGCAGGAGCAGUCUGUGUGUAAUUAAAGUUAAAUUUACAGUGAUCUGUUGGAGGCUGUGGAGGCAGAGAAUUGAACAGUGAGACUGCAGUGGCAUGAGCUAUAUACCAAAAUUGUUUCAUUAAGCUAAAGUUAUUUUGUUGCUUAUGUUAUCCAAUUAAAUGUUAGCCACUGCAGGGGUGAAUUUCUACUUGCCAGAGCUAAAUUUUCACUUGCAGUAGUGAGUAGAAAUCUUUGAGCUGUAUCUAUUUGCUAAAUGUUGUAGAUCAGGGGACCUCAAACUCAGGCCCCCCAGAUGUUGCUGAACUGAAACUCCUAUGAUUCUCUGGCUAUCUAUGUAAUUCAAAGAAUCAUGGGAGUUUUAGUUCAGCAACAUCUGGGGGGGGGGCGGAGUUUGAGGACCCCGUUGUAGAUAAUUUUUCUAUGUACUUCUAACUUUAUUACUCACAUCCACUAUGACAACAGAGCCUAAUCAGGAGAAAAGUACAAUAUAAGUAUUGCUUAUUAAAGGAGCGCUAAACAUGUAUUCCUGUUUAAAAAAACGGUUCCUACCCUUUUCUAGCGCCAAGGCACCCUUGGUGCUGCGCAUCUUUUUACCUCCCACAACGUCAAUCUGCUGAUGUCCAAUCUAACGCUCCUCCUAGAGGAGCAUUGGGGAGACUAUGCACGGCAAGUGCCACUUUCUUCUAACUUUCCCCAAAGGAAAGCAUUAAAUCAAUGUUGUCCUAUGGGAGCUACUGUCACAUUCAGUAUGACAGCCACUUGAGGAGGAUUUAAGCUUGCAAUGUAAACCAUGUAUUUUCUUAAAAACUGCAAUGCUUUACAUUUUAGAGUUACAGGGACAUGACUUCUGCACUCAGACCACUUAAGUGAGGUGAAAUGGCCUGGGUGACUUUUGUGGUCUCUUAACAUCACCUAUGAUUUGAAGUAGUCUAUAGUGUGUAAAAUUUGCAUUUAUUUUUAUUUGCAGUAAUUUAACCUUCUAUUCCAUUUAUCUUUACAGCCUAGAAAAUUCUGCACAAAAGGCUGAGGCAGCAAGCAACAAGUUUGUUUUUGGACAGAAUAUGAUAGAGAGAGUUUUGGUGAGCUUUCUGUGCAUGCAUUCUGUUACUAUGUCUAAAACACUCGGUAUAUUUUAACCUUUUCUUUAACAAAGUCGAAAUUGUUAAUUGGGUUUUUCUUUAAAGCUGUAGUAAUCAUAAAAUAUUUAAGUAUCACACUUCCACCUGCAGACCAAAUAAUGAAGCAGUCUAGCUGUGCAGUUUAAUUUAUAUUUAAUGUGGGGUUAUAGCAACCAUGCACAUUUUUCUGAUUGCAGUGGCUCUUUUGCAAGUUAGGAUCUCAAGUGCAGGAAUAAUGUUUACAGUUUACAAGUGAGAUGGGCAUGAAUGUGCUCCACUGCCAUUCGUGAAACACAAGAUGAGGGUUUGUGCACAGAAUCAAUCAUACGUUGCAGGUACUGAUGCCUACCUAUCAGAAAUGUCAAAUCUCAUAUUGACCAUGGAUUAUGCUGUACAGUUGACUGUGGCCCACUAUAUCCAAUGGUGUAAAGACGUCAGAAGUCUGGCUGAAUCCUAUACUUGCUCAGUUUCCUAUUCUCCCCUCUAGGAUUUUGUGGUUACUUUUUUUUUUUUUUUUUUUUAAAAACCCUUCAGGACCGCUGACUGUUCAGGACAGUCAGCGGUAAAACGUGGGUUUGGACCGCUGACGGUCCUGAACCGUCAUAGCGAAAAACGAGCUGCGGGAAGCGAUCAAAGAUCGCUCCCACCAGUAUAACACUAACUAUCUGCCAGACAUCCCAGGCAGAUAGUAACAGCCAAUUGCGGUGUGUGAGCGAUCGCUCACAAUUGGCUGCUGUCAAAGUGGGUGUUACAAACACUCAUUUUGACAGUGAUCUCUGCCCCUCUCUCCUCUGUAGCGUUUUGUGAGGCGAGAGAGAAAGAGAUCGUGAUAGUUUGUUGCAGCAGAAGUGUUCCAGAGCUUUAUACAGUAUCUAAAGUGAAUAAAAAAAAAAUCACUUUUACCCCUUCCCUGCCAGAUCUGUUACAGCAGUACAUUUGUUUUGAAUAUUUUUGUCAUCACAACAUAAAUGCGGAUAUCAAACUUAUUAUUAUUAUUAUUAUUAUUAUUAUUUCAAGUAUUCACCUACGCAGAGGCGUAUAUAUCAGAAUAUAUGCAGAUAUUCACCUGCGCAGAGGCGUGUAUAUCAGAUCAUGUGCAUAAUAAUAUACUGGCUUCUGUUUCGUUGCGUGCGUUUCGUAAAGUAUAAACUUAUCGUGCUCUAUUAUAAGCCUACGUUGCCUGCGCAGAAGCCUAUUAUAUCAGCAGUGUUAUCAUAACAGAAUAACAAAUGGCGUCAUCUGGUUGUAAAACCUAUAUACUGCGCUAAUCUAUAUGACUGCGCCCGGGUAGAUCCUAUAAUUAUAUAAAUCCACCAUCAUUAACUGAAGUCUACAGAUAAUCUGAUGGCGGCACGCAUCAACGAGGUGGCAUGUUAAGAGACAGGCAUUGCGGCCCAUAUCUGUGUAUGCUGACAGGCCUUAACCAUAUAAUUCCGUUAUGGAAGCAGUAAUAUCUAACUUGAACCUUAAGCCCAUUGGGGCAAUGUGACCGAACAACAUAGUCGUGUUUAUACUGAAUUAAUAAGCAUAGAUACAUCAAUUUCGUCAUGGGCCGCCAUUCUUAACAGCUGAAUAUCCCGUGCAUUCUGCGUGUGUUAAAGCCUUUUAUUUAUUUGAUGCAUUAAGUAAAGAAAGCAUAGUCAUGUCAUUGUAGACCAUAAAUGCAUCGACUUUUGCCUGGGCAAUGGCAUGCUAUGCUUAACUUCUGGGUAUCCAUUCUGUGCGUGCUAGCUGCAAAAGUUAGGGCCAUAUAAUUGCAUGUUGCGUUGGUUAAUGAAAGCUUAAACAUGACACAUUUAUGUAACGUAUAAAUGACAAAGGUAACAGAGCAACCAGACAUUCAAGAAAUUAGAAGUGAGAGCCAUGUAACAGCGCCAUGUUUGGCCUUAGCAAGUAAAAUAAAUGUGCUUAACAUUGCUGGAUUGGUCAUAUCAUGGGUGUUUUUUUUUAAAUUCUUUAUUUUAGCAGUGGCAUUUUCAGUAUACAGAGUAGGCUGCGUGGUGUGGCUUGCGCAGAAGCCAGUAGUGCCAUUGUCAGAAUAGUGAGAUAAACAUACAUCUGUUUGGCCUGCGCAGAGGCCGCUCUCAGCUGAGAUGGACCUUGUUGCUGUAGCUGCCGUAGUCGUAAGCAUGUACUGCCACAUUUUCAUAUUGUAACAAGAACAUACAUAAAAGGGAGAGAAAAUCAAAGAAAGAAAGAGAAAAGUCAACCAAAAGUAACAGUUUACAUAUGAAAGAGCUUGAUCAUCCGGGGAGUACGCAGGGUAUUGACAGCUGGCCCCAAAUGCCCGUGGGUUGGUGUAUCUAAGGAGCCGCAACGGCACCCAGCCUCCCCCACGUAGGAGCGCUCCGGAGCAAUCUGUCCCGACAAGCUCCAAACCCGUGAUAGAUCUUAGUAUAAGUGCCGUUGCAGCGCCCCCAUAAACCAAAAGACACCCUCACGCAGAGGCUACAGUGCAGUUGCGUCUGGCCUGCCCUAACGAGCAACGUCUGGUGCUCGUACAAGGUGUUUCUAAAAGUUGUUGAUGGUGCGUGAGGGAUAGUUCUUGCAUUCGCUCCUACCUCUAGGGGGUCGUAGAUUAUGUACCAAGGAUACCCCCAACUGGGCAGGGACCUAGGGUCCAGAUACCCGUGGAAAAGUCAAAUUGUGUGUUAUUUCGGAGAAGCGAAAUGGUCCACAGAGCGAGACCGUAUACCCACAGGGAAAGGGCAUAUGCUUAGGUCGAUCUUUAGCCAUUAUGGUUACCCUCAGUCACCCCGUAAGUACCGUCAGAGGCUGCCCCGCAGCCACCGGGAAGCGCCCCUGGAGGACGCCUCACGCUUGGCCCCACAGGCCAGUCCUACCGGCGGCACAGGGGGAGGAUGGGCGCCUGUAGAUGGGAGGAGUGAGACAGGAGAGAAGGCGUAGGACCCACCGCUGGAGAGGAGGGGUCGUCCAGAGGGGGGGGAGGUUCAGGCUUGGGAGCGGGAGUCCACAUAGUCUUCCCAUUGCUCCCACACCUUAAGGAAGUUUGCAUACGUAUCCCACACCUGUGCGGUGAGUUUGUCCAUUAGGAAGGUGUCUUUAAUAUUGCCAAUUACUCUAUCCAUAUGCAGUGUUUCGGUCUGCAGCCACGUCUGUGCCAAGGCGCGCCUGGCCGCCAGAUUUAAUUUAUUCAGGAGCUUUUGUUCCUUAUUGGGGAGGUUGUCAAUUGGUUUGGCAAGUAAGCAAGUCCACGGGUCAGGUCGGAUUGGCUUUUUCAGUAUGUCUGUCUGCAGGCGGGCAAUAUCGCUCCAGUAUUGGGCAGCUUUCGGGCAGGUCCACCACAUGUGCAAAUAAGUGCCCUUUUCCCCACAGCCCCUCCAGCACACGUCUGAGGGUGAUUUGCCCAUGCGGUGGAGCUUGACGGGGGUGGUCUACCACCUCAUGAUCGUCUUGUAGCAUUGUUCUUGGUGAAUAACGCAUAUUGAAGACUUGGUAGCUGCCUCCCAUAUGUCCUGCCAGUCCCCGCUGUCCAGUGUUAGCUGGAGGUCAGCUUCCCAUUGUGCUAUAGUAUAAUUGAUAGGAUAUUUGGGAUUCUGCUGAUGUACCUACAAUAGAGGACAGAAAAUAGUGCAAAUAUUGCUACACACUAUAAAACCACUGAUGAAAAAUAUGCACUCACAUAUUCCAAAGAAUAUAAGCGUAUUAAGGGUGCCUCCCCCAAGUGAUGGCCAGUGGGGUAUCCAGGUCAGCAAGAAGAUCCAAACAACUGCAGCCAAAGGAAUACUUCAAAGGUGAUUUAUUCACUUAUAAAAAUCAGGAGGUGUUUUUUUUUUUUUUUUGCUAUAAAAAUGACGUAUAAAGAUGCCGAGAACAGUAGUAAACAGUAUUAAACUGAUGUAUAAAGAUGCCGAGAACAGUAUUGAAUGUUGUACAACAUGUAAUAAUUGCAAGCGGAAACGAUCUCGAGCUAUUAGACGCUAUGUACAGGAUGUCAACUCUUAAAAUCGAAAUAUCGUGAACAGUACUUGAUGUGCAUACUUGACCCUACCCUCUUUCAUUCUGUACCCCAAGUGUGAUUUUAAAAUAUUUCAUAACUCAGUGAUUUUACAUUAAUCAUCAUAGCUAGUUUCUAUAAUGCUAUAUUAACUCAUAAAAAUGUGCAAUGUUAGUAAGCCAUAUGAAUGUUUCUCUAUGUCUACUAUAAAGCCUGCACCAGCUGUUGUGGCAAUGCAAGCAUACCUGUAUAUUCUAUGCACAACCAAAAUAAAGAAUUAAAAAAAAAAUAAAAAAAAAAAUCAGGAGGUGUAUAAAUGAAAAUACAUAAAAACAAUAUAAGAAAGAGAUGCUGGUCCUACGCGUUUCGUCCUUAUACAGAAGGACUUCCUCAGGGACCUCUUUCAGCACAAUUAAAUCACCAGAAAUACAGAGAAUAAAAAACAGCAUCCUAAAAACGCUAACACAUGAAUAACCUUAUAUAGGGCUAAUCCCUUCAAGUCAUUGGUGGAAUAGUGGGUGUUUUCUCCUCUUUUGACUCCUAUUCGUCCAAAAUUUCUUCUCCUCAGGUGUGUUCGCUUUAUCAGAAUGAAAAAAGCCGGGCUCGUUCCGAAUUCGGCCACUUCCGCAUACGUCAUACGUUACGCUCGCGUCACGUGUUCCGUGAUUCAUCACAUGAUCAUCGUGCGUUCCACACUCGGGAAAUAAAAUGGACGUGCGUUCCACAUCAUAGUGGCAGCCUGGAAAUAUCGUUUUUCUUUUGCCUAAUAAUUAUACACACAUAACUGGAAGCAAAAAAACUAUUAGGAAUCAUAUGAGAGAAUUUAAAAAUAUUAUAUUAAUUGUCCUCUAACAGUAAAACACUAAAUAUUAUUCUUAUAAUGAAUGUGCAACAACUUCCUAUCCAAGUUGACCAUUCAUAAUAUUUAUCAUAGUAUUGCAAAAAAAAAUAUAACAAUUGAUUAUUAAAUUCAUAUGUUCAUGUAUUGACAUUAAUACAUUAACAUAAUGAACAAAACCAUUAAAGUGCAUAAUCUUAUUUAAAGUGACAUGAGUGAUAUUAUACUUAUUUGCAAGUCUAUAUUAUGUUAAGUGACAUAAAAAUUAUUACUUAUUAAUUAUUACAUGCUCAAUUACAUAUCCAUAUUGUGUAAACUAAAACAAUUAACCAAUCAUAUACUCAAUGUCAUAUUCAAUUUAAAUAAAAUGACAUGAGUAAUAUAUGCUCAAUUCCAAAUGUAUCUCUAUACAUUAACAAUUAGUUCAAAAAACAGACAAUAUCCAUAUCCACAUUCAAUCCCCUUGGGGCAAGAGUGCGUAACCUAUGAAUCCAAUAUGAUUCCUUUUGUGCCAAUCGUUUUUCUUUAUUACCCCCUCUCCAGUGGGGUUGAAUUUGUUCUAUCCCCAUACAACGCAGCCCCUUCAAAGAAAACAGGGGACAGUUAUUACAGUGAAGGGGGACUGAAUGAGUAUCUAAUUUUUUCUUUAUGUUGUUAAUGUGUUCCAAAAGUCUCACUUUUAAACAUCUCUUUGUGCGACCAACAUAUUGGCUGCCGCAUGGGCACUGAAGCAAAUACACAACACAGUCCGAGCGGCAGCCAAUCUCUGAUUUAAUGGAGAACGGUUUCCCUGUAACACAACUCCUAUAUGAUGUAACCUUGUCUGUAUUUACUUGCAAACAGGCUUUACAACUUUUGCAACCCCGGAAGCCUUUUAUCCCUUUUUUUUAAUAUUUUUAACAUCCAAGAGAUGUUUAAAAGUGAGACUUUUGAAACAUAUUAACAACAUAAAGAAAAAAUUAGAUACUCAUUCAGUCCCCCUUCACUGUAAUAACUGUCCCCUGUUUUCUUUGAAGGGGCUGCGUUGUAUGGGGAUAGAACAAAUUCAACCCCACUGGAGAGGGGGUAAUAAAGAAAAACAAUUGGCACAAAAGGAAUCAUAUUGGAUUCAUAGGUUACGCACUCUUGCCCCAAGGGGAUUGAAUGUGGAUAUGGAUAUUGUCUGUUUUUUGAACUAAUUGUUAAUGUAUAGAGAUACAUUUGGAAUUGAGCAUAUAUUACUCAUGUCAUUUUAUUUAAAUUGAAUAUGACAUUGAGUAUAUGAUUGGUUAAUUGUUUUAGUUUACACAAUAUGGAUAUGUAAUUGAGCAUGUAAUAAUUAAUAAGUAAUAAUUUUUAUGUCACUUAACAUAAUAGACUUGCAAAUAAGUAUAAUAUCACUCAUGUCACUUUAAAUAAAAUUAUGCACUUUAAUGGUUUUGUUCAUUAUGUUAAUGUAUUAAUGUCAAUACAUGAACAUAUGAAUUUAUUAAUAAUCAAUUGUUAUAUUUUUUUUUUUUUGCAAUACUAUGAUAAAUAUUAUGAAUGGUCAACUUGGAUAGGAAGUUGUUGCACAUUCAUUAUAAGAAUAAUAUUUAGUGUUUUACUGUUAGAGGACAAUUAAUAUAAUAUUUUUAAAUUCUCUCAUAUGAUUCCUAAUAGUUUUUUUGCUUCCAGUUAUGUGUGUAUAAUUAUUAGGCAAAAGAAAAACGAUAUUUCCAGGCUGCCACUAUGAUGUGGAACGCACGUCCAUUUUAUUUCCCGAGUGUGGAACGCACGAUGAUCAUGUGAUGAAUCACGGAACACGUGACGCGAGCGUAACGUGUGACGUAUGCGGAAGUGGCCGGAUUCGGAACGAGCCUGGCUUUUUUCAUUCUGAUAAAGCGAACACACCUGAGAAGAAAUUUUGGACGAAUAGGAGUCAAAAGAGGAGAAAACACCCACUAUUCCACCAAUGACUUGAAGGGAUUAGCCCUAUAUAAGGUUAUUCAUGUGUUAGCGUUUUUAGGAUGCUGUUUUUUAUUCUCUGUAUUUCUGGUGAUUUAAUUGUGCUGAAAGAGGUCCCUGAGGAAGUCCUUCUGUAUAAGGACGAAACGCGUAGGACCAGCAUCUCUUUCUUAUAUUGUUUUUAUGUAUUUUCAUUUAUACACCUCCUGAUUUUUAUAAGUGAAUAAAUCGCCUUUGAAGUAUUCCUUUGGCUGCAGUUGUUUGGAUCUUCUUGCUGACCUGGAUACCCCAGUGGCCAUCACUUGAGGAGGGAGAAUUAAAGGAGAAUAACCCCCCUAUUUAUACCCUGGGGGAGGCACCCUUAAUACGCUUAUAUUCUUUGGAAUAUGUGAGUGCAUAUUUUUCAUCAGUGGUUUUAUAGUGUGUAGCAAUAUUUGCACUAUUUUCUGUCCUCUAUUGUAGGUACAUCAGCAGAAUCCCAAAUAUCCUAUCAAUUAUACUGUUCUGCUAUAAGGUUAUCAGCCGGGAAAAAACCUUGGGAAGCUGUGUACUUUUCAGUUAAGUUGUUGUGUUUUAUCACUUCUCUCACGGGUGUCCAUGUUUUUGUUUCCCAUUGUGCUAUGUAUGAAGGUGCUUGGGAUGCCUGUGUGGGGGCGCUGAGCUGCUCAUAUAGUCGGGUUAUAAGGCCGGCACGUGGUCAGUCCGACAUACAGAGAGUUUCAUAGAAUGUGGGCUUUUCUCUGGCCGCUUUUAAUAUGUGUGGUUUUCGCGCAUAGUCCCGUACCUGCAGGUACCGAAAGUAGUCCCUGCCUGUCAGAGGAGCCCGCGCCUUUAAGUCGUCAAAGUUGUGGAAUGUUGUGCCUUGGAAUAGGUGACAGUACCACUGUAGGCCCGCGUCCUUGAGGCCUCGAAAAUCCCGCGGGGUCAUGCCCGGGGGGAAGGCCUUAUUCCUGAGAUAUGGUGUCAUGGGUGAAAUGGGAUGCGCGAGGGCAUAUUUCUGAGCCACUUCAUUCCAAACUCGUAUCGAAUUCAGAAUGGCCGGGCACAUGGUUCGCAGCUCAGGGCGGUCGGGUCUGGGCACCCAGAUCCAAAACUGGGGCAGGUCGGUGCUCAUAAGGAGCGUUUCAAUGUCCACCCAUCUGUGUGUAUCAGGGGGUGAGUGCCACUCGGCAAUUUGCGCCAGCUGGGCCGCCAGGUAAUAGAGGUGUAAGUUCGGGAGCCCUAAGCCUCCCCUACUCUUCGGGGUAUAUAACGUAUGUCUCGCUAUUCUAUGUCUCUUGCCCGCCCAGAUAAAGUUGUCAAUAGCGGUUUGCAGCGGUUUAAGGUCAGUUCUCGUGACCGCUACUGGUAAUGCCUGGAAGAGGAAAAGGAGGCGAGGGAGUAAAUUCCUUUUAAUGGUAUGUAGCCUGCCCAGCCACGAAAUGGGCUUUUCGUGCCACCUAUCUAGGUCCCUGCGUAGAGCGUGCAUAAGUCUUUGGUGGUUUUCAGCGUACAGGUCGGCGUUGUUUUGCGUGAGGCAGAUGCCCAAGUAUUUGAUGGGCUGUAUGCGAAUUUUGAGGUCUGUUGUACGCUUCAGCCACUCAAUAUCUGUGUCCGCCAACCCAAGGGGCAUACCGACUGACUUGUCUAUGUUAAUCCUGUACCCAGAAACCUGGUGAUACGUAUUGAGGUUUAGGAGAUGUGGGACUGUUACCCUGGGGGCCGUGAGAGUAAGUAAGAUGUCAUCGGCAUACGCCAAAACUUUAAACUCCUCGGAUGCGUUUUUUUUUUUUUUUUUUGGUUUUGUUUUUUUGCCCUGCACUCUGUUAUCAGUUCUGAUUUGGUGUAGAAGGGGCUCCAAGGCCAAGAUGAAGAGAAGGGGGGAGAGGGGGCAGCCCUGAGGGGGGCCAUUCUUAGAAUCAAAUGGGGCAGGUGGUGCUCCAGGGAUCGAUAUCUGCGCUCUCGGGGCCGCGUAUAACGCUCGGGUCGCUCUAAUAAACACAGGAGGAAGUUGCAUUUCCUCGAGUAGGGCGAACAGGUACGGCCACUGGAGCCGAUCAAAGGCCUUCUCCGCGUCCAACGAGAGGACCAGAGAAGGCGUACUUGUCCUGUGUGCCCACCACAUCAGGUCAACUGCUCAUCUCGUGUUUCCGUAUAGGUGCCUGUUGGGAACAAAACCCACCUGAUCCGCUUGGAUCAGCUUGGGUAGAAUGACGUUUAAUCUAGUGGCCAGAAUCUUUGCAUAGACUUUGAGAUCAAAGUUAAUGAGUGAGGUAGGGCGGUAGUUGGCUACAUUAGUGGUAUCGCGGUCUGGCUUGGGGAUGAGGACAAUGUUUGCGGUGGAUAGGUCAGUGUUGGGUGCGUCAAUCUCUGUCCAUGUUUGGUACAUGUUUGCCAGUCAGGGGACCAGGUGUUCAUUGAACACUUUGUAAUAGGAGCCAUCAAAUCCGUCCAGGCCAGGGGCUUUCCCCCCUUUAAGAUCCGUUAUGGCUCUAUUAAUUUCGUCUUGUUCUAUGGGUGCUCCCAGGUAGUCGGUUGUCUGCGCUGGGAGGCGUGGCAGAUUGAGACUCCGCAGGAAGUCCCUAAUUUGCUCCAUAUGUGUUUUGUUUUGUUCACGUCCGUGAGAGUAGGGGAGUGGUUAUACACUUGGGUAAAGAAUUUUGCGAAUUCGUUAGUAAUGUCGCCCGGGUUGCUGAGUACGUUCCCCUGUGCGUCUUUAAUGGCAGUGAUAAAGGAGUGUGUGCACUUCGGCCUUAGAGCCCGCGCCAGAAGGGUGUCCAUUUUGUUGGACUUUUCCUAAAACAAUCUUUUCGUAUGGAGCAGAUCUCUGCUGACUUCGUCUAGCAUGAGCUCUGAGUUCUCGUCUAAUUUCAGUCAGUUCCCUAGUGUUGUGUGUGUGUGUGUGUGUGUGUGUGUGUUUGUGUGUGGGGUGGCCUGGUGCUUGUUUUGCAUUUCCGUCCUACGUAAUUGCUUUUGGAGCACGGACAACCUUUCCAACUUCGCUCGUUUUUGGUGAGUAGCUAUUUUAAUCAAUAGUCCCCUGAUCACUGGUUUAUGGGCUGCCCAUAGUGUGGUAGGCGAUACGUCAGUCGUGUCGUUUUCCUGGAAGUAGCGUGUUAUCUCAGUCUGGACAAGCUCUUUUAUCAUGGGUGUUUUUCACAGGUAUAAUUUCGCUAGGGGCUCCAUCGUUUACCACUCGGUUAGAGUUUGCCCAACUAAACAUGCCAGAGACACACAAACGAACUGUUUUGCAGUACAUGUGGAGAAAAGAAAAGAAGAAAGAAAAAAAUAAAUAAAAUUAUGAAAACAAGCCCAAAAGGGGGCCAGUAAAGUUAAUUGAGGACUCUAAUGCUCUUAACGGUUACAGGGCUGGUCUGUCCUUAAGAUCAGUUCACUAAGGGCCGUAAAUUGCACAGCUGCCUUGCCGUUCCCGGGCCGCCGAGUCCCUGUCUGUCCUCCCCGCAACGACCCCAGUCCGUUUCCAGGGUCCUCCGUAGCUCUGUGGGCACUCGGGUGUAGGGGCUGCCCAUCCGACUCCCACACCUAGAGUCCAUGGGCCCCUGUCUCCCUGCACCUCCCCAUUACCACCCAAGAUCCAGGACUCAGAGGAGCGUGUUACCCACUGUCUCACCCGGUGCCGGACACUUGUUUGGAGCCGGCGCGCACCCCCACCCGGCCACGGGGCCGCGCAGGCCCGCCCCUCACGGCUUAAGGGACAUGGCCCUCUGGGGACCCCACAUACCCAGGGGCUAGGGCACCCACUCCUCCAGCGGGCGAGUAGUCAUCACAGGGGAUCUUAUUCAGUGCUCAGCUGUGCCCAAGUCCGCAAGGGCCGUCCAGUACGGGCCUCCAUAGCUAGUUCUCUCCACAUUUACCCCUCUGAUGUUGCGGUAGCGCCUUUAAUGGGCGCUCUUGUCGGUAGUGGGGCUCUUUGCGGGUCCAAGCCUUCUUGCUACCGAUCUGGGUGCCUCCUCGGGUGAGUGUUUCAACCUCUCCACAGGUACCUCCGGUGUUGCUGGCUGUUUGAGUUUCGUGCAACCGGUGCCAGUGCAGGCAGUCGGCAUCCGAACCGCCCGGGAACUCCUGCUGCGACCCGUGCCUCCUCCUGGAAGCCGGGGUAUCCCCCGCCUGCCCAAGAAAGGGGGGGGGAGGGGUAAGGGCCGUGCCCCGGGCUGAGUAUUACCCCCUGUCGAGGUGUCUAUAGCGGGGUACGUUGGUUUUCUGCUCCUCAGGGCCAUGUUGCCUGUAAUUGCUGCUGGUUUUGUGGCGCUCCGCCUCGUGCAGGCCGUAUCCGGCCCUCUCUACUUGCCCGGCUUGCAGUGGGCAUUGUGCAGGUAUCGGGGGUAAGCUGGUGCCGGUCUCUGUUCGGAUCUGGCUGAGUAUUGUAUAUUUAGGUGGUCUGGGGCGAUUGUUUUAGUGCCUUUUUUUUAUCCGCUCAGUGCAGGAGCUCAUGUUAAUGGCGGCUCCGCCCCGUCCAGCAGUACAUUUGUACUGUCUGUAUUUUUUUUUUUGCCCUUAACGGGUUAAAUUUGUUUUAAAAAUCUGUCUUGGUCAGUCAGUUUCCUUCCCCCAAAUCUCCAUUAGAUUUUUGUGACAGUUAGUUUAGGGAUUGCUGUUUAGUCUGUUUUAGUAAAAAAAAAAAAUUGUGUUUGUAAUUUGUUUUAGUCGUGUGAAAAACAUGCAGCGUAUGUAUAACUUGCAAGGGGGCAUAUGCCUUCCUGGCGUCAGACUCUGACGCCACUGACACUGCGUCAGAUUUUGACCCAGGUCAGUUUUCUGACACGUCUGGUCAAGACGACAGGUCAUCUGUGUGUGAGCCGGCUGAAGAAAGAAGCUGUGCUUCCUCUGCUACGCCGAAUGUGGAGGAGGACUGGGUACCUCCACAGUUAGCCGAGCCCAACGCCCUCCCUUUUAGUGCCAACGCAGGCAUUAAUGUUAAUGUGGAUGGCUUCUCACCAAUGCAGUAUGUAGAACUAUUUUUAGGGGAUACUAUCUGGGAGGAGAUUGCUUCCCAGACUAACUUGUAUGCAACCCAAUUUAUUAAUAACAAUCCAGGUAGCUAUACAGUCAGGGAGCAUGACUGGCAUCCCACAGAUGUCCCGGAGCUUAAAAAAUUCUGGGCUCUUACAAUGCUCAUGGGGAUUAUAAAGAAGCCAUCGAUUUGCUCAUACUGGAGCACCAACCCAAUGUCUAGUCCAUUAUUCUCCCAAACCAUGCCUAGAGCCAGAUACGAGUUACUGCUGAGAUUUUUACAUUUCAGUGCCAAUACCCUCUGUCACCCUAGAGAUCACCCCCAAUACGAUAGGCUUUAUAAAAUAUGCCCACUGUUAGACCAUUUUCAGGACAAAUUUUCAGAUGUUUAUACCCCCCAACAAAAUUUAUCCAUAGAUGAAUCUCUAAUGAAAUACAACGGGAGAUUAGGAUUCAGACAAUAGAUCUCCUCAAAGCGCUCUAGGUAUGGCAUAAAACUGUACAAACUGUGCGAGAGCGAAAGUGGAUACACGUUUGCCUUUCGUGUAUAUGAGGGGAAAGAUGGUCAACUGGACCCCCCUGGCUGUCCUGACUCCCUGGGGACAAGUGGGAAGCUUGUAUGAGACCUACUAAACCCCUUGUUUAUUAAAGGCUACCACCUUUAUGUGGAUAAUUUUUAUAGUAGUGUCCGUCUGUUUAAAACACUUAUUAUGGUUUACAGACACUGGCCUGCGGCACUGCCAGAAAACAUUCCAAAGACUUUCCACGAUCUCUCAUAGAGGCAAAAUUUUAAAAAGGCGAAUGUUAAGCACUUUGCGAAGCUGAAGUGCUUGCACUAAAAAAUUUAGGGACAGGAAGGAUGUCAACAUGCUAACCACCAUCCAUGACUAACGCAUGUCAGACGUCUCUGUCCGGGGCAGAGUAGAGUCCCAACCGGUUUGCAUCAGGGCGUAUAAUAAGUACAUGGGGGGUGUUGAUUUGGCUGAUCAGCUGAUGCAGCCAUAUCUUAUUUUACGAAAAACCAAAGCAUGAUCUAAAAAGGUGGCUAUCUAUAUGAUGCAAAUAGCAAUCCACAACUCAUUUUUCCUUUUUUUUUUUUUUUUUUUAAAUAAUCCAGGGAAAAUCACCUUUCUCCAAUUUCAGUUGAAAAUUAUUUCUUUAACAAUUUAUGGAGAUGGACAAGUUCCAACAACGGUGCAAGCGGAGUCCAGACAUUUUAUUUUUAAGUUACGGCCAACUGCUAGAAACCCCCCCCACCCCCCCAGAAACAUUGCGGAGUCUGUUUUAAAAACGGGAAAAGGACAGAAAACCCUUUUCACUGUCCUGAUUGCCCUUCGAAACCAGGACUGUGUGUAGGAACAUGUUUUAAGCUGUACCACACAGAACAGUUGUAAGAAGUGUUCCUGUAUUUUUAUUUUCUUUUUUGUUUCUUUGGAAAGCAGACUUUUUUUUUUUGUCGGUUUCAUUCCCCCAAAUCUCCAGUUAGAUUCUAUUUGUAGGAGUCAGUUUAAAGAUUGCUGCUAAAUGUACAUUUGCUACCUGCACAUUUGGUCUAACAAGUUUUCUGGCAGUAACACAUAACCAGCUGGCCAAAACCAGAUGACGUGUGCAUAAAAACCAGAAUUAAAAAAUUACCACUACACUUUCUUUGGGGGCAAAAUGGUUGGGGGGGAAAGAAGUCAAAACACCCCAUCUUCUAUAUAACCUUUGACGUCUACUUUAUAAAAAAUAUACUGUCAUGAUGGUAACAUUAACUGGGGGGUGCAAAAUAUGUCAAACUGAAGAUAGACCAAGCAUACCUAUAUAUCAAGUUGAAAAACUGACAUGUACAAGUUCUGAUUGUUGCCUUUUGGCCCCCAAACAACCCAGCAACCCUAUACAUGGGGGGUAUCACUGUACUCUGGAGAUGUUGCUGAACAUAUUGGGCAGUGUUUGGCAGUGACACAAUACAGGAUUUGUUAAUUCAUGCCUAAAGUACAAUGUGUGUGACAAAGAAACCAAAAAAGAUUACUACCCAAAAGUUUGACAAAGGCUGGUGGUAGAAUUCAGUGCAUGAAAAGUUUUAAAAUACCACCAUUUAAAAUACCCUGGGUUGUUUACUUUUCAAAAAUAUAUGGUUUGAUGGGGGUAAAAUACAUUGGCUCAAAUGGGACCUGGGCGCAGGUUGAUUCCAUGUCAAAAUUCCAAGUUGAGAAACUGAUAAGCGCACCUGCCAAAUGUAGCCUUUUAGCCCCCAAAGAACCCGACAAGCCUAUGCAUGGGUGGUAUCAUUGUAUUCAGGAGAUCUUGCUGAACACAUAUUGGGGUGUUGUUUGGCAGUGAUACAUAACAGGAUCUGUUAAUUCAUGCCUAAAGUACAAUGUGUGUGGAAAAAAAACAGAAAAUAAAUACUAACUCAAUGUUUGACAAAACCUGGUGGUAGAAUUAGUGCAUGGAAAGUGUUAAAAUACCACCAUGUGAAAUACCCUAGGGUGUCUAAUUUUCAAAAAUAUAUGGUUUGAUGGGGAUAAAAUACAUUGGCCGGCUUCAAAAAUGUCCCAAAUAGGACAUGCGUGCAGGUUGACUACAUGUCAAAAUUCCAAGUUGGGAAACUGAUAUGCGCACCUGCAAAAUGUGGCCUUUAGCCCCCAAACAACCCAACACACCUAUACAUGGGGGGGUAUCCCUGUACUCGGGAGAUGUUGCUGAACACAUAUUGGGGUGUUGUUUGGUAGUGACACCUAACAGAAUCUGUGAAUUUAUACCUGAAUUGCAAUGUAUGUGAAAAAAAUAAACUACCUAUGCAAAGUUUGGCAAAGGUUUGUGGUAAAAUGGCUGCAUAGAAAGUAUCAAAAUAUUCUUAGGUGAAUACCCUGGGUUAUUUAGUUUAAGAAAAAUAUAUACAUGUGGGGUGUAUUAUUUUUUUGUUUUGUUUUUUGGAGAUUUAUGACAUAACAGUGUUACAAUGUUCACUAUUGAUACAUUUGAAAAAUGUACAUUUUGAAACAGCAAUUUCCUACUUGUACUUAUAACCCUAUAACUUGCAAAUAAAAGCAAAAAAACACAAACAUUGGGUGUUUUUAAACUCAGGACAACAUUUUGAAUCUAUUUAGCAGUUUGUUUCAUUUGAUUUUGUAAAGAUUUUUUAAGUAAAAGUGAUUUUUUUUUUUUCAUUUUUUUUUUUCUUUCAAUUUUUCACCAUUUUAUUUUUUUAAUUAUGACAUGAUAAAAAUAAAAUGUAAAGAAAGCCCUUUUUGUCCUGAUAAAAACAAUAUAUAAUUUGUAUCGGAACAGUAAAUGAGAGAGCGUAAAACUACAGCUAAACACAAACACCACAAAAGUGUUACAAUAGCUCUGGUCCUUAACGCACAAACAUCGCAAAAACAGUCUGGUCCUGAAGGGGUUAAACUUUUUUUUUUUUUUUUUUUUUUUAUACUCAUUGAGCUAAGCUAGCAGUAUUUGUGUCUGCUUGAUAUUUGUUUCUUUCUGUCAUGUGAUUCUAGUGUUUUGUUUGCUAUAUUUGUACAGAGUCCACCCAAAGCCGAAGCCAAUUCAGACAGCAACAAGGAAAAUGCAAUUUUGGAACCUGGAUCUGAUAAUUCUUCACUGGAAAAUACUCCAGAAAAAUGUAAUGAAAUCCCUUUUGCACGUUUGUAGUUUUAACCAUGUCAAAACAAAGUUGGUGUUCCAUAUGGAACAAUCUAGCCCUUUAAGAUUGUCUUUGUCAAACCCUUGCCAUUCCACAGCCUGGAAUAAGGAUAUUAAAGGGUUAUUGUAAGCAUCACAAUGUGUAUAUGCUGACAGUGGUAAUGGGGUCAUUAGGCAGCUGGUGCUACUCCUAUUUUUGGAAAUCCAUCCCCUAGCAUUGUUUGAACAUGGCCAUACGCUUCCAUUUUAUCCAUCAUAUUUUGAAGCAAUUAUUUGUCUUAACUUGUCAUCUAAUGCACACAGUCAAAUAAUGGUGUCAAAAUGAAUAAAACUAAUAUUGCUAAAACAUAUGUAAUGAGUAGGGGUAGGGGCAGGCUCAGUUUGACAACAGACUUAGGGGCAGCACCUGGAACCCAUUAGUAUCAUAGCCACUACAGUUGUAUCUAGUGAUCAUGGUGCUUAGAUGACUGUUCAUUUAAUAGUAUAGUUCCCUUGUUUGUCAAGCCAACUAGUAAAUAUUAAUUUACUAGUCCAAUGGGAUAUGGGAAAUAAUCUUUUGAAAGGCUGAAGGUUUUUUUUUUUAGUUUUUUAGACCAUUAAUGCUUCUGAUUUUCUGAAAUCUCUUCAGCUAAUAACAUUUCUGAAUCACUGGCGGAAUCUGCAGCUGCUUAUACGAAGGCCACAGCAAAGAGAUGCUUACUUGAGAAAGUGGAGGUGAUAACUGGGGAAGAGUCGGAGAGUAAUGUAUUGCAGGUGAGAUCAACCCUGUUCUCAUUUUGUUUAUGAUGGUGAUCAUUUUGAAGAAAUGUUUGUUUUGGUCCCGAUUAGUCCAAGCUAAUUAAAUCAUAAUAUGCUGUGUUCAGGUUUGAAAAAAAUUUCUGUUUAAAAUAGCUGGUUUUAAAUCUGUUAACUAAAUUAUUAUUAUUUUUUUAUUUAUUAUUUUGGUCCUUCCAAUAGAUCCAGUGCAAGCUGUUCGUAUUUGAUAAAGUGUCACAAUCCUGGGUAGAAAGAGGUCGAGGUCUGCUGCGUCUUAAUGACAUGGCCUCCACUGAGGAUGGCACAUUACAGUCCAGGCUUGGUAUGUAGGCCUCUGUUAUAUUAUAGUUUUUAUGUUUUGUGUUUUGUGUUUCACACACCAAUAUAGUCCAGAGACAAUGAGAAGUAGAAUAAAAGUAGCACUUUAUGUUUUUUCUUAAAUUUGUAUCCAACAGAGACCAAGGGUUUGACUUAAAAUAAUAUUCCAAGCUAAAACUUUUAACUUUUAAAGCAUGUGAUUUUAUGGAAACGUAAAAAAAAAAAAAUUACUUUAAUUUGCAAAACAUACUUAAACUGAGAAAGAAGUGAAGACAUAGAUUUUCAGUUAAAACCUAAACCAGCUUCCAGUUUAGAGGUUGGUUGAUAACCAAUCAGUAUGAAGUACAUGAAUUUUGUUUGAUUUAUGUAUUUGAUGCUGUUAGUACAUCUGAACAUAUUUAAAGGGACACAAUAGGUACCCAGACCACUUCAUCUCAUUGAAGUGGUCUCUGUGCAGUGUCCCAGUCCCACUUAGUCCUGCAAUGGAAAUCAUUGCAGUUUUAGAUACUGACUUUAGAGGCACUUCCUGCUUGUUAGGUGACUUUUGGUACAGUGUCCGUCAAAUCCCCAUAGGUAAGCACUAUAGCUGGGUUAGUAUUCUAAUUUGUCAGGUGCAUUGAGCGGUGAAAGUGCUUUUUAGUAGAGCUAUCCCUGCACAGGCAAAUGUAAUUUCUAAUACUAACCUGAAUUUAAUUUUACAAUUACUCCUAGCAUUUACCUGUGUAGCGGACCCUAGGUAACCCGACUGGUUUCCUCCGCUAUUAAUAAAUGAACGGACCCAUUUCCCUUCCAUUAACUGGACGACACACAGUUCCAGGGGUACAACAACAACUUUAUUGGCUACACGCGGCUUUAUACUUUCCCCGUGCAAGGGGUGGAAUACACAUGAAGACAAUGUCCCCUCCCAGGGUCUUCCCCCGCCUGAGGGUCGUAUAACAGAAACCCAGUCUGUAACCUGUUCACGCCACUCUGUGUCCCCUCCCAGGGCCCUCCUACUCCCAGGGGUCCCCUGACAUGAACGGAACUCCAGUCCCUUUGUCACCUCUUCCCGCCACUUGUGUCCGCUCCCAUGGCCCUACCCAGGGUCUUCUUCAUAGAAAUCUCUGUAUCUGGGGGUCGUAAUACGGGAAACUUCCAGUCUCAUUGUCUCCCAGUGACAGAGAGCCUGCCAACCUCCGCCAUUGUCCCCAAAGGAUGUCCCCAUAACUGUAACCUAUACUAACGGCAGCCACCCAGGGAAGCACUCAUUAAUUACUUCCCAUGCGGUUUCACACUAUGUUGCGAGUUGCCAACGAUCUAAUGGAUUGAUGUGAACACUCCAAUGGGUGCUGGGGAGGUCCUUGUUUGGGAACCGCUCGAUGUGGGAAGAAAUCCGCGAAUGCUCCCCCUGGAUGGCGUUUGUCUAACGAAUGGGCUGCCAUCCAGGGAAGGUGCGAGCCGAGGCUUCCCUUGCGGUUUUGACACCUCAUUAUGAGGUGUGAACUUUCUAAAACCACAUUCUAAACGGGAUUUAGUGGUGUUCCCCGUUCUGGAGGAGCAGGUAGAUCUACAAACACAACGAAGGAAACACAGGGUCAAGAUAGGGAAAACACACAAAAGGGAUGUCAGGACACUAACACACAUUGCAGGGUAAGUGGGGGUUCAGUUACAAUCUGCAUUUUAGUUUGAAAUUAUUAUUAUUAUUAUUUUUUUUUGUAAAGUGACAUUCUGGUAAAACAUAAGACACACCUCCCACCCUCUGCUUAUCACAGCUAUACAUUGCUGGUAAGCGUUGGUAUGGUUAAGGUGGAGUGUAAUUCUCACCUUGGCCCUGCAUCCAGCAAGGGCUGCAAAUUUCCAUAGACCCUCAUUCAGUAUUAAAGGGACACCAAACUUAAUCUUAAUGGAGCAGUUUUGGUGUAUAGAUCAUGCCACUGCUCUCUCACUGCUUAAUUCUCUGCCAUUUAGGAGUUAUUAUUAUUAUUAUUAUUAUUAUUAUUAUUAUUAUUGCAAUUUAUAAAGCGCACACAGAUUCCGCAGCGCUGUACAAUUAGUUGAGAAACGUACAAUAUACACAAACAAAUACAAGAGGUAAGAGAGCCCUGCCCGUAAGCCGAUAUCUAGCCAUUGGAGCUCUUUUAUACAAAGAGCUCCAAAGGCUGUAUAUACUUUGUUUAUACAGCCCUAGUCACACCUCCCUGCAUGUGACUUACACAUCCUUCUUAAACCCUUCCUAUAAAGAGUCAUCUAUGUUCAUAUUUCAUUUAUUGCAAGUUCUGUUUAAUUUACAAUGUCUUAUUUUCUGCACUAUUAAUAGCCUGCAGGAGCCUCCUGUAUGUGAUUUUAAAAUUCAAAUUACAGAGGAAUUAUUUAUUUUAAAUAAAUUUACUAGUGGUAAUGUUUUAUGCAGUAUUUUGAGAGGGAUGUACUUUUGGUAGGGAUCUGAAAACGGCAAUUCUUCUUCUUUUCCCUCUCUUAGCAUAACCGUAAGAACUCUUACUCCUGUAACCAAUUUCUAAAUGUAUAUAUUUUUAUUUUUAUAUCUGACAACCACAUGUAACAUAGUGUCUACAUGCUUUUAACAAGAACUAAUGCUUGUUCUUACUAUAUGCCUGUUUAUGUCCUUUUAAGUAAUGCGCACCCAAGGUAGUCUGCGGCUUAUCCUCAACACCAAACUAUGGGCCCAGAUGCAGAUCGACAAAGCAAGUGAAAAGAGUAUCCGGAUAACUGCAAUGGACACAGAGGACCAAGGGGUCAAAGUCUUUUUAAUUUCGGUGAGUUGUAAUUUCUAGAAGUCAUCCAAACCUGAUGAACCCCAAUCACAGUUGCUAGUUGUAGCCAAUAGAUAUCCAACAACAUUCUCAUUCUGCAGAAAGAACGUUCUCCAUUUCAUAGAAACAUAGAAUGUGACGGCAGAUAAGAACCAUUCGGCCCAUCUAGUCUGCCCAAUUUUCUAAAUACUUUCAUUAGUCCCUAGUCUUAUCUUAUAGUUAGGAUAGCCUUAUGCCUAUCCCACGCAUGCUUAAACUCCUUUACUGUGUUAACCUCUACCACUUCAGCUGGAAGGCUAUUCCAUGCAUCCACUACCCUCUCAGUAAAGUAAUACUUCCUGAUAUUAUUUUUAAACCUUUGUCCCUCUAAUUUAAGACACUGUCCUCUUGUUGUGGUAGUUUUUCUUCUUUUAAAUAUAGUCUCCUCCUUUACUGUGUUGAUUCCCUUUAUAUAUUUAAAUGUUUCUAUCAUAUCCCCCCUGUCUCGUCUUUCCUCCAAGCUAUACAUGUUAAGAUCCUUUAACCUUUCCUGGUAAGUUUUAUCCCGCAAUCCAUGAACCAGUAUAGUAGCCCUUCUCUGAACCCUCUCUAAGGUAUCAAUAUCCUUCUGAAGAUACGGUCUCCAGUACUGUGUACAAUACUCCAAGUGAGGUCUCACCAGUGUUCUGUACAAUGGCAUGAGCACUUCCCUCUUUCUACUGCUAAUACCUCUCCCUAUACAACCAAGCAUUCUGCUAGCAUUUCCUGCUGCUCUAUUACAUUGUUUGCCUACCUUUAAGUCAUCAGAAUAAUCACCCCUAAAUCCCUUUCCUCAUAUGUUGAGGUUAGGACUCUAUCAAAUAUUCUGUACUCUGCCCUUUGGUUUUUACGUCCAAGAUGCAUUAUCUUGCACUUAUCCACAUUAAAUGUCAGUUGCCACAAUUCUGACCAUUUUUCUAGUUUACCUAAAUCAUUUGGCUUAUCCCUCCUGGAACAUCAACCCUGUUAUAAAUCCUAUAAAUCACACCUACACGAGUUACUGUGUGAUUACCAAAUUCUAACGUAGCCCAAACGGACUCUGUUUGCCUCACUAACUUUUAUUAGGCUAGAUUUUAUGCUAUCCUUCACAUACAAGGCCACCCCUCCCCCUUUCUUGCCUUCCCUAUCUUUCCUAUAUAAAGAGUACCCUGGUAUUGCUAUGUCCCAGUCAUUUUUCUCAUUGUACCAUGUCUCAGUAACAGCGACUAAAUCUACACUAUCAGUUGCCAUUAUUGCCACAAGUUCAUGGAUCUUAUUCCCUAAACUGCGAGCAUUUGUAGACAUGACUCUAAGCUUAUGAUUUAUUUUUAUUUUUUUUAAUUGUAUUUUAUGAGGUACAAACAGUAAAUGUGCAUUGUUGGUAUGUACAAUCAUCAAUUGCCACAAUGGCAUCCCCUAUAUUCAACAUACGUAAAAACUUGAUGCAAUCCCAGUGUUUACAUGCUUUCCAAAUUUUUCACAACUUCCCGUAUCACACGGUGCAAAACAAUCAAACACAACGUUCUUGUACUAGUUUACCCGGUGAUUGUAACACAGCAUUACAUCACCGCCCAUUGGAAUAGUUAUACCAUUGAAUACCUAGACUCGUUUCCUGGCAUUAGAGUCAAAUGAUAUGUGUAGGGUUCGCAGUGUCAGUGGUCUUACUGUAUUUGAACUCAUUGUUCUCAUUUUCCUUUACCCCCUCUGACUGCGGCUUUAACUUGUCUAUUAGUUCGGGGUAUUGACGUUACAGGUAUACCUUCUUGUUUGAGAUUUCUUCCUUUCGUACCUGUUUUUUAUUCGAUAUGUAUGUGUGAGUUGUGAAACAAUAGCUAAAACUAAAAAACUAACAGGGGGGAACAAAAAGAAAAGCAAGAAGAACUGGGUGGUGGGAGGUGGGUGUACUCCUUCAAUAUAGUGUUAAAGGUUGGGAUGGAGAGUUGUGGAUUAGUCAAUGAUAGCAUUACAUCAUCGGCAAAUGCUGUUAGUUUGUAUUCCCUUCCCCCUCUUACUAUGCCUGUGAUUUGUGGUUCGUCUCUAAUGGCCUGUAACAGUGGCUCCAGUGCUAUGAUAUAGAGGAGUGGUGACAAUGGGCAACCCUGCCUAGUUCCAUUAGUUAUGUAAAAGGGCUGUGAUGCGAAGCCUCCAUUUGUCACUCUAGCCGAGGGUUUGGAGUAUAAUGCCGUUAUUAAAUUUAGGAAUGGUUGUGGGAAUUGAAAUUUCUGUAGUGUUUCUCGUAGGAAGCCCCAGUGCAACCUGUCAAACGGUUUUUCAGCGUCAAGCGACAGGAAUACACUGGGUUCUCCCUGUCGUUGCUUUGUGUAAAGUAAAUUGUAUAGUUUCCUUGUGCCCUCAGCCCCUUGUCUGCCUUUAACAAACCCCACUUGAUCUUGUUUGAUUAUUGUAGGUAGCAUAUCUGCGAUUCUUGUGGCAUAUAGUUUAGCUAGGAUUUUGGUAUCUGUAUUUAGGAGGGAUAUGGGCCGUAAGUUUUGAGGCUUAGUUGGGGGUUUACUUGGUUUCGGCAGGGUAACUAUAUGUGCCAUCAGCAUGUCCUGUGGCAUCUUGCCCGUGGAUAUUAUGUGGUUAAAUGUAUCUACUAAAUGUGGUCCUACAUUGUGGCUAAAUGUUUUAUAGUAAGAAUUUGUAAGACCGUCUGGUCCCGGUGACUUGCCCGGGGGGAGUGAUUUAAUUAUUUGUAGGAUUUCAGACAGGGUGACGGGAUCGCAAAGCUUUUUAUUUUGGUCUUCUGUUAGGCUGGGCAAAGAGAUGUUAGAUAAGAAGUUUUGGAUGUCGUGUGCGGACGGUUGAUGUGUCUGGGGGUCCUGUUUUAUGUUGUAUAGUGUGUCAUAGAAAUUGGCCAUUUCUGCUAGAAUCUCCCGUGGGUGAUGCGUUUUUCCUCCUGUGUGAUUAUGUAGGUAUGGGAUUUUUGAUUGGGCUUGCUUCUGUCUUAGGAGCGAUGCCAAAGCCUUGCCGGCUCUAUUACCCUGAGUAUAAUUGCGUAUCUUCAGGUUCUGAAGCGUAUGUGCCGUUUCGUCUAGUAGUAGCUCAUUUAUUUGCUUUGUGAUCAAAAUUAUUUCCUGUGCCAAGUCUGCUGUAGGGGUUAGAUAGUGGGCGCUUUGUAAAUCCCUCAGUUUUUUUUAAUGAAUCAAGAUAUUUUUGGUCUUUAGCUCUUUUUAUAUACACUGCCCUACUAAUAAAGAUCCCUCUAACCACUGCUUUAUGAGCUUGCCAGGUGGUUGUGGGUUCCAAUUCUGGUAGAGUGUUGUUGUGGAAGUAUUCUUGGAUAUCUUGGCUUAGUUGAGUGCGGAAGUCUUUAUGCAUGAUUAGAGCGUCAUUUAGUCGCCACGGGGGUUUCCCUUUAUGGUCAAAUUUGGCUCGCAACCUUACUGACACUGGGGCAUGGUCAGACCACACUAUGUCCCCAAUCUCACUACUUGUCAUUCUUGGCAAGAUGUCUGCAGUAACGAGAAUCAUGUCUAUUCUGGAAUGGGUUUUGUGGAUAUGGGAGAAAUAUGAGUAACCUCUUUCGGUUGGGUGUUGUAAUCUCCAGAUAUCGUAUAGGUUGUGUUCUAGGAGUACUUUAGUCAGUGUUUUGCAUUGUUGUGUGAGGAGUCUUGACCUGGGGGCGCCUUGGGCAAGGGAAGUGUCUUCUACCGGGUGUAAAACAUGAUUCAUGUCUCCACAUAAUAUCAUUGAGGUUUUUUGCCUGGUUGGAAUUUUGUUAAGGACUUUAAGUAAAAAGUUCCUUUGAUUAACAUUUGGACUAUAGAUCCCCACUAAUGUGUACUUAAUAGUGUUAAUGUUGCAAUAGAUUAUGAGAUAUCGGCCUUGCGUGUCUUUUUUGAGUUGCAACAAUUCAAACGUAAGAGAUUUGUUAAAAAGGAAAGACACUCCCCUAGAUUUGGAGGAGUGAGUCGCGUGAAAUUGAGUGGGAAAGUCUCUGGUACCAAAUUCUGGGACUUUAUUGUGUUUAAAGUGCGUCUCCUGUAUACACAGGAUAUCUAUAUGGUUACGUUUCGCUGCUUCUAAGAGUACUCUCCUUUUAUGCGGGGUAUUAAGGCCCCUUACAUUAUGGGAUUGUAUUGUCACACUCAUUGGUGAGUGAUAAAGUCUUGCGUACGGGCCACUCAGGUUGCCCUGAUUUCGUUACCUUGUAGCCUGUGUGUUGUUUUUUCUGUAUUGUUUUAACCCAUACAUAAAUCAGAGGUAGCAUUUGUAGGCGUAUGUCGCACAUUAAGAGAGCUUCUGUAGCAUCAUAGGUACAUGGAAUACGGGAAGGGUAGGGAAGUUGCGGGUAGUCGGGGGGGGUAUAACUUGGUUCAUUAUAACUCACCCCAGUUGGGGUCAUGGCGCCCAUCUGCGGAGCCAUGGGGGGUAGAUAUCAAGAUAUCUGUUUGGGUGGCUAACGGCCUUAACGUUCUAUUUAUAUAGAAUAGGACCUGGUUCUGUGGGUGGUGACCCGUGCGUGUCUUGGUGUGAUCUCUUUGUGAGAGCCCUCUUGCCAUACUUCGGUAUCUCCAUAACCUCCUAAUGCAGCAAAAAAAAAAAUUGACAUAAUAAUACAUAAUAAUACAUAAUAAUACAUAAUAAUACAUAAUAAUACAUUCCCGCGUUUAGCAGUGAACAGGUAACGUUUAACGCCUAUAACCAUGGGGAACUGACUUAGCUCCAUCAUCUGCUCUUUAUAGUCUUUACUUUUGCGGCUCAGGCACCUUUUAUCUCGGCUUCAUCAUACGUUGCAUUGAUUGCUCAGUAGAAGGGGGUAAGAAAUAUGUGGCUGUCUGUGGGGCAUGUUGUGUUUUUUUUUUUUUUUUUUAUAAAAAAAAAUUGUGUAUUUGGAGCCUCCCAGUGUCCGGGUGAAUCCUGAUCCCAUGUCCCUAAUGCCGUGGGCAGGGUGAUUUGAUGGCAAUCAUCAAGCAUCUUACAUUACUCUAUUAUCCCCUUUUGGACAGCUGGGGGCUCUUAUCCUUAUAUUAUACUAAUCUCUAAUCUAUAUGUAUUGCGGGAUGAUGCUGCAAACAGCAUUCUCUUUUAAGAGCAGUCGUGUAGGGAUAAAGGUUAAGCAGUGAGUUUAUAAAAUGUAGUGGGAUAUGAUGGUUGUAGCCCUUAUGUCAGGGCAAAUGUUCGUACGGUACCUGAACCCUCAAGUAGGCAGAGACUGCAAAAAUGAGUUUCUCAAUGUCCUCAAUGUCUCUCCAGUCUAUUCUGGAAGUUUGCUUGCUGGGGGGGAUCGCCCCUGUAUUUGUCUGAAGUUACUGACGAUCUUGAGGUUACAGAAAUAUCCAUGUCGAUUGUAUCUUGCAGAUGGUAAUCCCUGGUGGUCGAAUUCGCUGCCGUGAUUCGGGAGGUGCAAGGUCAAAUCUUUAGUGGGUCCCUCCAGAGGUUCAAGGCAUAUCAAAUGCCUGAGUGGAGUGGGUUGAUAUGGUAUGCGGGUCACCUUUCCCAUUUAGCAGUGAUUGUAGUCAGCUCGUUGUGCAGGUACCUUGUUCCAUUCUACCUGCAAGCGACGGGAAGACGUCUCCCCCCUCUCCGUUGCUUUGCACGUUAUACCCCAGGAUUGCAGGAGUCUCGCUCCUUCUUCUGGUGAGAAGAUGGUAUGCAGCUUGCCCUCUCGGGAGAUGAUCAUUUUUGUCGGGUACCCCCAUCGGAACCUCAUGCCAUUGGCUCUUAAGCUGUCCGCAAGAUGGGAGAGAUCCUUUCUCUUUUUCAAGGUUGCAGCAGAUAGAUCCGCAAAUAUUUUUACUGAGGAGUAGUCGGGAUGUGGAGCAGAUUUAUUUCUGCUUGUGCGCAGUAUUAGCUCUUUUAUAUGGUAGUAGUGUACUCGUGUGAGUACGUCUCUUGGCACGGUUUCUGGCAGGUACUUUGGUUUUGGGAUUCUGUGAACUCGGUCCAGGAGCAACAUCUCCCCCGGUAUAUCAGGUGCAUAGGCCCUGAUAAAGGCCUCUUACAUAUGCCUGCAGAUCUUCCGGCCCGACCGACUUCGGAACUCCCCGCAGCCGCAGGUUGUUCCUCCUGGAGCGGUCUUCAAGGUCCGCUAGUUUCACUUCAGUCAUGGUAAGUUUUUGCUCCAAGUGCUCUACAUGGCUCGCAAGGUCGUUAUGUGCCACAGCAAAGUCGUCCAUUUUGGACUCGACGUGCGUUGUCCGUUUGUUGACCUCCUGUACAUCCCUUCGUAGUGAGUCCAUAGAAUGUUGCCAGGACAUGAUUAAUUUCUGGGAUAAGUUGUCAAGCGCUACUUGUAGGUAGCUUUUGGUAAGUUGGUCAGCUGGGUUAGCCUGUUCUGUGUCUCGGUGUGGGUCUCGCGGAUUCGGGCUGGCGUCGCCAUCUUGCGAAGGCCGCAGUUGCUCCGUGACAUCUAGUUGUUGUUUGUUGCUAAAAAAGUUUAGUUUUUCGUUUUUUGCAGAGCUCUUCUUUGAUUUAGCUUGUGCCAUCUUAUAUUUUGGCAAUUUGCAGGUCCUAAUCGUCCGGAUUGUGAUAGAUUGUCGGCCUCGGUAGCCGGAGCUCGGGUUCAAGCGACCAUUAAGCUCGGCGGUUAGCCACGCCCCCCAGCUUAUCAUUUUUUAACACACUUGCUACAGGCACCUUCUGUCCUUGUUUUGGGGGACAAUUGGAUUGAUGUUUUAUCACCCUUUUGCCCCCCUCCUAGUUUAAAUACAUCCUAGCAAAACCUCUGAACUGCUCACUGAGAACAUUUGUUCCCUUUUGAGAAAGAUGCAAACCAUCUUUUUUGUACAGCUUAUCUCCAUUCCAAACAGAGCUACCAUGAGAAAUAAAGCCAAAUCCUUGCUCCCGACACCAUUCACCAAGCCACAAAUUAAAGUCCCUAAUACGCAUCCUCCUGUCGUUCUGAGUGUUAUGCACAGGCAGAACUUCAGAGAAUGACAGUGUGGAAGCAACCUGCCAUAUAUCAUUGGCAAAAACACUAAAAACUUCCUUAACCUCUGAAACCUCAUUGCAAGCCAAGUCAUUUGUCCCUAGAUGUCCAUCUCCACACCUCUUAUGAUGGAAUCCCCCAACAACAACUGCUUUCUAUUAGGCCUCACCAUAGUCUCCAAGCCGGUCUCCACAACACCACUAGCCUCGGUGCCUGUCUCCACAACACCACUAGCCUCGGUGCCUGUCUCCACAACACCACUAGCCUCGGUGCCUGUCUCCACAACACCACUAGCCUCGGUGCCUGUCUCCACAACACCAUUACACUCUGAAAGUGCAGAAAAUGAAUUAUGAAGAGCAACAGACUGUGCAAAAUGCCUUUUAUCCACAACUCUAAGUCUACCAGAUCCUACGGUAAUCCAUCUGCAUUUCCUAGUAUGUCUCUGCGGCAGUGGCUUUGCAGCAGUUCCAGUCUGAGUUUCUUCACCAGAUAAUUUACAAAUCUCAGACUUCAAAAAUACAAUCUCCUGCCGCAAGAUAGAGAACUGUCUACAGAUUAGACAACAACCAAACCUCCAAAAAGUGGAAUGUGAAACAAAUGCAUAGCAUUUGUUACACUGAACUAAGUCUGCCAUUCCAAUUAGGAGAAUAAUUUAAAUCUAGCAAAUCUUAACUUUGUAUUUAUUUCCAAAAACAACUCCUUAAGGUGCAUUGAAAUCUGAUCAUUUUUGUUUUCUUCUUCCACUCCCACCUCAGGCCAGUUCUAAAGAUACAGGGCAGCUUUUCGCUGCAUUGCAUCACCGCAUUCUUGCUCUUAGGAGUCGUGCAGAGCAGGAACUGGAGAUUAAGUGCCCUGACCCAGUGGGGGAGGUCACUCAGUCCAAUGAGGACGACAGUGAUGAUGAUGUUCUUACGCCAACAGGAACAGCUGCUGGAGGUAAAACCCAAAAUUCUUCUUAAAGAUGUGAUUUAAGUCACAUUGGUUUCUAGUGAAGCAUACUAAUGGUAUGAUGCAUUGAGGGACUUUGUAAGCAAUAACAGGUGACCGUGCAAGUGUAUUAUUCUCUUAUGCCUUUGACAAACAUGAACUUCUAGGGUUGUAAUGUCUCAAGCCACUUCAGAGUGCCACAGUUAUUUCACAUCUGUAAUUUUUUAUUUGUAUAUUUUAUCCGUAUGUAUUAUAAACAAAAGUCUAUUUGGCUAGAAAUAUGCAUCUGUUUAGCAAGGUUUCAUUUAUAGCAGGUGAUGUAACUAAAGGAAAAAGCUUUUCUUAAUUAAGUGUGCCUUAGCCAAAAGAACAAUUGGAUACCUAGGAAAUCUAUGUAUUCAUAUUUGAAAAAGAAAAAAAAAAUUGAUAAUUCUUUCACAUUUCAAAGGAUCUGACUUAAAAGAGAGACACUAUUUCCUACAAACCUUGACAUAAGUUUAAAUCCGCUUUAUUAGGUACCUAUGUCUGGCAUGACAGAAGAUGGUACACUGCUACUGCAAGGUACCUAGAAGCCUGGUCAAAAGUCUAAAUCCGUUUUUAUUAGGUGAACAUGCCUGGCAUGUGUUCAGCAUUCAGCUAGCUAACUAUCUAGGCUACGGUAUAUGGGUCUGAAAAAUAAACAAACCAGAUUUGAUUGAAGGCGCAAAAGUCAAGUCAAACUGAUCUCACUUUUUUCUUUUUGUUUCAGUACCCAGUGACGAAGGAGACAAGCCACCUGCUUCCACUACAUAGCAGCCAACUACAUUGAAACUACUCCCACUUUACUGGGCAACAGUCCACGGCUCCUUGUUGCUUUUAUGCCUUCUGGAGAAUUGAAGAUCAACUCCUAAUAUUGAGGCAGGGUUGCGGACAGACUUUUCACCUAAUGCCAGGAACUGUUUAAUCUUUUUGUUCAUGUUAAAACAGAAAAAAAAUACUUUGGGCUCCCUUCAAAUUUAAUAUUAUUUUUUUUUUUUCCAUAUUUUUUUUGGAGGGUCAUCCGGUCUUAAUCAAACAGCGUUAUUGAACACCAAAUGGGAUGUCAGAGAAUAUAAAAUGCUCAUCAUAUUGAUGAGGCAACAGAAAAGAAAAUUAUAUAUUUUCCACACCCCUCCUCCCCUCAUUUUUAGUGAGAGCAGUGCAAUCUUGAGUCGUCUAUCAACAAUGUUCUUUUAUAAGUUGAGUUGUUACUUUGCUUGACAGCCCACAAAAAAAGUUUGUACAUAUUACUCUCUGCCAUUUAGUUGCUUUUAUUUUUGGAUUCCAAUAUCGUGCCCGAGCUACACAGUCAUCGAAACACUUACAGUACUUUCCCUUAUUUCCUUUUUUUUUUUUACCCCCCAAAAAAUAAUCUGCAGGUGGUUUGGUGGUUGCCACUUUUGCAUUGAAGUUAAUUUUCCAGAAACAACUUUUUUUUUUUUUUUGCGGUGCUCUAGAAAUAGGAGCCUUCUCCCUUUCAAAGACUGAGACCAAUUGGUCAUAAACUGAAUAUUCCUACUUCCAGUGCUCCCCACUUUUUUUUUUUUUUUCCCUGUCUAUCAUUGUAAUGUUGUGUUUAAAAUUAUAUAUUUUUUUUUUCUUAUGUUUGGCAUAAUAUGCGUUUGUGUGCUGACAAAUGUGAUUUAUUUUUUGUUUUUUGUAUCCAUAUUUAAGGGAAAAUGUUAAGGAAUUCUGUAUCAUUGUUUUCUUUAGUAUUUUCUACUUUCAUUUUCUUCUAACAUGAUUACUGUGCUGCCCUUAAUGCUCUCAGCCCAGAGAAUAAAGCUGUGGCUUUUUUUUUUUAAAGGAGUAGUAAUGGUGAUAUCUAUUUAUAGAUUCUAUAAAAGCAUGCACAUUUAGCUUUACUAAUGGGAUUUGUGGUUGCAGCAUAUCAUAUUGGCUUUCUAUUAAUAUUUCAGUCAGGUUUUGCUCCAGGUUACAGUCUCUAAAUCAGUCAGGGGUUAGGAAGUACCAAACCUCCAGCUGUAAAACUAACUCCUAUUUAACUUCUUGACAUCUAAAACAUUGCAACUCUUGCCAAUGACCAUCUUUUUUCAGUGUCAUGGGGGUUCUGGUAACCCUAUAUGGAAAUCCUUGAAAGCAAUUCUGGGUGCUAUCCUUCAUUGGCAAACCUUUCUUAAGAAUUGUAGAACUGUAUUUUAGUAUCAAAUAUAUUGGAUACAUUUUUAGAAAACUCAAGGAUAUCCAGAGUUUUUUUUUUUUUUUGUUUGUUUUUUUGUGGCUUUAUGCUCCCCAAUCUCUAGGUUUUUACAUUAGAACAGCUGGAGGUGUUGCUUUUGACUACUUUUCUAACGCACAGGUUGCAGUGUUCUGUUAUAAUAUAUGGACAGCCUUUCCAAGUCUGUGGUAUGGCUGCCCGACUCUUCAGAGUUUUACAGAUGACACUUUAAAGUGUGUGCUUUCAUGUAAAACACUUUUUAUUGCCAUUACUGCUUUUUUAAAUUUGAUACAGUAUGUUUUGUUUGCUAAAAGAAAAAUGUGUAUACAAGCAUGCUCUACACUACGAACUGCAGCCACUGCUGCUUCUGUAGUUGAACAGUUUACAGUACAUUGAUGCAGGGAUUGGGAUUAGUUAACUUUAGAAUUACUCAUAUUCAUAAAUAAUGUGUGUGUGGAGUUAAAAAAAAAAAAAACACACACACUCUGCUGCUUGAAACCUGAUCCCAGUUUAUCACCUCUAAGAGAGUUCUUGCAGAAUUUGUCCUCUUGAAAACCUCAAAUUAAAACAAUCCAUUUCUCCAUUACUCAAUCAUUGCCUCCUCUGUGGAACAUCCUGGAUAUGGAUCCUCCUGGUAUGACAAGCAGAAGACUGCCAUCUGACAAAGCAGCCUGUUAAAGAAUUACACAAUGGUUAAUAUGUAUUAAGAGUUGAAACUUUGGACUCUGAAUCCAUGCUAGUUUAUUUUUGAAGGGUCAUCCGGGUCAUUGAUUAAAUUCGAAUUCCAUAAUUGAUGGAUUUUUGGAUGAUUUACCCCAAACUACUGACAAUAUAGAAAUUUUUUUUGGACAAUUCCCAAUUGCGCUCUCUCUCUCUCAACUAUUGUUUUUUUUUUUUUUUUAAAUACAUUUUAAACCUGUAUUUAAAUCCGAGGGAUAGUAAAACUUGGGUACUACUGCAUCAAGUAAAAUCAUUGAGAUAUAUUGGAGUGUUGAAACUCCAAGAACCAAGUUUACUAAUGCAGGAAAAAGUUACAAUUUUGAAGCAUACAGAGGGGUGUGUGUCUUAUGAAGAAAACCAACUACUUUCAUGUGUAGCUUCAAAAAAAAAAAAAAUAGUCAAAGUGUACAGCUCAUUUAAACCCUACCCAGGUAGGGGCUUCUGAGUAAAAUGGCUCAAAUAUUUUGGGAAAAACUCUGGGCUGCCUGAAAACUUACUUUACAACCAUUUUUAAAAUUUACAUUGUUAUGUUUGACUCUUGCCAAUGGUUUUAAUUCAGGCCAAAAAAAACCCCUAAAGUCCAAGGAAUUGGUGUCAUUACUUUUAUAUGCAAAGUUUCUGGGGAAGAAAAUGUGAAGUUCUCAACCAUGGUUUCUUGGUGGGUACAUUUGUGUAUGUUUCAGAAGUAAAGAUUACAUACUGGUGGGAUGUGAAUGUUAAUGUGGUAAAAGAUAUAUUCUUCAAAAUUCAGCACUCACAAUAGCUAGGUGCAAACCAUAGAAGUACUCACUCAAGUACUAAAUUACAACAAUCAAUCUACAAUAUACCAAAUGCACACUAUAAC